GUCCGUCUGCCAGCGGGUUCUUUUCAGUCUUGCACGACAACCCGCGAGUUCCACAGCACGUCGAACGCAGUGGACGCCGGUCUUAAAAAAUAUAAUUCGAUAUAAUAUUUACUAACGAGUUUUUUUUUUUAUUCGACUCAUAUUACUAACACUAAACAAAAUAUAAAAAAAACAUCAAUUAAACAAAAAUAUUAACAAACUGUUUUUUUUAAACAAAAAAAAAAAAAAAAUUUUUUUCGGACUUUUGAGUUUGUUUCGAUAUAACGAGUGAUAAAUUUUCCUUGAAUUUUUAAUAUUUGUAUUUGUUCGUGUAUUCCGAGUGUUAUUAUGGAUGUGUACACGUGAAAAGUAAUGCCAAACUACAUGAAAAUGAAAUGCCUCCUGCCCGCAGUGCUAUGGCUAUGGCGACUCGUCAGUUUGGUUAGUGCUCAAGGUGGAAUCGGAUUCGGAAUCAAAAGAGAGAUAUUCUUUUUAAAUUUGGAAGAUGGCUAUUUCGGUUGCCAAGUAAACGAAUCUACAGCAGUUCUACAGUUGUACGAACUUUCCAGACUAUGCGAUGGAAAACAAGACUGUUACAAAGGAUCUGACGAACUGAGAAGGGAACUUAAGUGCACUGAUGACUGUGAGGUGAAGGAAGGAACGCCUUGUCAAAACGGUGCCUGUCUCGAUUCCCUUUGCCAUUGUAACGAUGGUUACGGUGGCUGUUCGUGUCAAGUGCCAGAUGAAAACGAAUGCAAAUAUAGACCAUGCGAUGUGUUCGCGCAUUGUACCAACAGCCUGGGCAGCUUUACGUGCACAUGUUUCCCAGGAUAUGUCGGCGACGGAUUUCACUGUCAAGAUAUCAACGAAUGCGAAGAUCCAGCUAUUGCAGCCAGAUGCGUUCAAAACGCAGAAUGUUGUAAUUUGCCAUCGCAUUUCUUGUGCAAAUGCAAACCCGGAUAUGUGGGUGAUGGCGAAGUCGAAUGUAGAGAUAUUGACGAAUGUUCAAGACCUGGUGCUUGUGGUAAUAACGCUAUAUGUAGAAACACUCCCGGAAAUUAUACAUGUGAUUGUCAGCAAGGUUUCGUUGGAAAUCCUUAUGACGGGUGUGUUGAUGUGAAUGAAUGUAGUUUACCAAAUGCUUGUGGUUCUGGUUCAUUGUGCACAAACUUCCCAGGCGGACAUCACUGUGAAUGCCCAGAAGGAUAUACUGGUGAUGCCUAUGGGGCAGGUUGUUACGAUGUAGACGAAUGUGCCCGUUCCCCUUGUGGAAAAGAUGCUCAGUGUCACAAUAUGGAUGGUAGUUUUCGGUGUUUGUGCCCACCAGGGUUUGUCGGAGACCCGUUACGCUCAUGCAAAGACGUGGAUGAAUGUGAAUCUUCACCGUGUGGUCAAAACGCAGAAUGUGUUAAUGACAUGGGUAAUUACACUUGCAAGUGUACCACAGGAUAUACAAGAAAUGACGAAGAAAUUUGCUCAGAUAUCAACGAAUGUGCCUUCGCCAAUUCAUGUGGUAUCAAUGCCAAAUGCAUUAACACCUUUGGGUCAUACACUUGUAUGUGCCCUCAAGGGUUUACUGGUUCUGCAAAUGAAUAUUGUCAAAAUCUAAAUGAAUGUGAUUAUAAUCCUUGUGGAAAUAACAGUAUUUGUACUGAUACAAUCGGAAGCUUUGUUUGUUUAUGUAAAGAAGAUUAUACUGGUGAUCCUAUUAAAGGAUGUCAUGAUAUAAAUGAGUGCGAAAUUUUAAAUAAACCAUGUGGCAUUCACGCAAUUUGUGAAAAUACUGAGCCAGGAUACAACUGUCUUUGUCCACAAGGAUUUUCUAGUAAACCAGACCCAAAAAUUGCCUGCGAACAAAUUGAUGUAACAACAUUAUGUAAAACGAAUUUUGACUGUACAACAAAUUCUGAGUGUAUUGAAGGUCAAUGCUAUUGCAAAAAUGGUUUUGAAGCGAGAGGAGCAGUUUGUGUUGAUGUUGAUGAAUGUCUAUCACAGCCAUGCGGCUUUCAUUCCAUAUGUACUAAUACACUUGGAGGAUUUCAUUGUCAAUGUCAAACAGGAUAUUUAGGCGCUCCUCCAAGAAUUAUGUGUAAAGCUCCCUGCGAAGAUGUUACAUGUGGUGAACAUGCAUUUUGUAAACCGACAGGACAAGAAGCAUAUUGUAUAUGUGAAGAUGGAUGGACUUAUAACCCAAACGAUUUAUCAAUGGGAUGUGUUGACAUCGAUGAGUGUGAUAAUAGUACUGAACCAUUCGGACGAUGCGGUGUAAAUACUGUAUGUACUAAUUCACCUGGUAGCUUUAGUUGUCAAUGCAGACCCGGUUUCACCGGCAAUCCGUUUAAAACAUGCACAGAUAUAAAUGAAUGUGCUGACAAGAACACUUGCGGAACAAAUACUUUGUGUCAUAAUACACCAGGAUCAUUUAGUUGUCAUUGUGCGACUGGUUAUAUACCAGAUCCAGAUUUCUAUAAUAAUUGCAUAAAAGUAAUAAACUGUACUAUUGACAACGAUUGUCCUGGUAAUUCUAUUUGUGAUGGUAGGAAGCGUUGUUACUGUCCUGCGCCAAACGCUGGAGAUGAUUGUAGACAUCCUUGUGAAGAUAUAUCAUGUGGCCCUAAUGCAGAGUGCAUGUUAUUAAAAGUAAACGCUGAAUGCAUUUGUUCAGCAGGUUACACUGGAAAUUCCAUUACCGGAUGUUUUGAUAUAGAUGAGUGUAAAGAUAAUCCUUGUGGCGUUGGAGCAGUAUGUAAUAAUGAACCAGGAUCAUUUUCUUGUCAAUGCCCUGGUGGGACCAACGGAGAUCCAUACAGGAAUGGUUGUAACCAAACAAAAAAAUCUUCUCAAUGCAGUUCCAAGUUGCCUUGUCCUAAAGCUGAACUUUGCGUAAAGGAUGAAUUAAUGGGAGAAAGUGUUUGUAUUUGUCCUAAAGGAUACAUUAGAGAUCAAAAAACAGAAAAAUGUAGAGAUAUAAAUGAAUGUACGGAAUUAAGAGACAAACCAGCUUGUGGUAUAAAUGCAGUUUGUAAAAAUUUGCCAGGCAGUUAUGAAUGUCAGUGUCCUCCAGGUUUUAAUGGCAAUCCUUUUUCAAAUUGUGAAGAAUGCACCACUUUAGAAUGUCAAUGUAGACCUCCAUAUCAAAUUGUAAAUGGAGAAUGCACGUUGGCGGGCUGCGUAAAAGGUAAAUGCCCUUUUGGAGCAGAAUGUGUUUCAAUAUCUGGAGGCGUUAGUUAUUGUGCAUGUCCUAAAGGAUAUAGACCAAGAGAAGAUGGAUCAUGUUAUGACAUCGAUGAAUGUGAAGAAAGUAUACAUAAUUGUGGAUACGGAUCUGAAUGUAUUAAUACACGAGGAUCGUAUGAGUGUGCCUGUCCCGAUGGAUAUACAGGAAACGCAUACAAUGGUUGUUCACGUAGUCAAAAGAAAUGUAUUAAAGAUUCAGACUGUUCUGUAAAUGAAAAUUGUAUUCAACCAGGCAUAUGUGUUUGUCCAGUACCAUUUUAUACUGACGUGCUUGAUAAUAACUUAUGCAAAAAUCCAUGUGAACGAUUUCCUUGUGGUAUUAAUGCUCAAUGUACACCAAGCAAUCCUCCAAAAUGCUUGUGUGAACCUGGUUUCAUGGGUGAUCCAUUAAUUGGCUGCGAAGACCUAGACGAAUGUAAAGAUAAUCCGUGCGCUCUGGGAUCAAUGUGUAUUAACGAAAAAGGUCAUUAUAGGUGUAUUUGCCCUUAUGGAACUAGUGGGGACCCAUAUAGUAGUGGUUGUUUAGGAAAAGAAGCUUCAGAAUUAGAAUGCAUCACCAAUAAUAAUUGUGAUUCUCGGUUAACGUGUGUCAAAGGGACUUGUAUUAAUCCUUGCAAUAAUUUAGUAUGUGGGAAAAACACAUAUUGUGAAGCUAAAAACUAUACUGCUUGGUGCCGAUGCAAUGCUGGUUUUGUUGAAACUAUCACUGGAGAUUGUAUAUCACCUUGUGAUGGAUACAUAUGUGGUGAAGGCGCACAAUGUAUUCUCACACCACAAGGUCCAACUUGUAAGUGUAUAGAAGGUUUAAUUGGAAAUCCAUUUGCUGGAGGAUCUUGUAAACCUGAUGUUUGCUCAAAUUCUAACCCUUGUGCUCCAUCCAAUGUUUGCGUUGGAGGACGAUGCAAAGAAAAAUGCCAAAAUCAUUUUUGUGGUAUUGGAGCUAGUUGUAAUCCAAAAACCAAUGAGUGUGUUUGUAAUCCACUAUUUAUUGGUGAUCCAAACUACCUUUGCAUGCCUCCUAUUAGUAUUCCUUCAUGUUCGCCGGGUUGCGGAAUUAACGCCCAUUGUGAGUAUGGCAUAUUCGGAGAAAACAGAUGUGUCUGCAAUGCUGGAAGUGUAGGAAAUCCAUAUAAAGAAUGUGAUUCCCAGUCUCGAAAGUCGUGUACUAAUAUUGCUUGUGGUACUGGAGCAUUAUGCAAAGACAAAAGUUCUCCAGAUUGCAUUUGCCCGCCUGGAUUUAAAGGAAAUCCUUAUGUCCAAUGUUUAGAUAUUGAUGAAUGUUUGAUAUCUGCUUGUGGGAAAAAUGCUAUCUGCAUAAAUACUAUAGGAAGCUACGACUGUCGAUGUAUUGAAGGAUAUAUAGGAAAUCCAUUUUUAGAAUGCUCUGUUAAAACUUUACAAGUAUGUCAAGAUCCUGCAACUUGUCAAUGUUCAAAAAAUAUUCCAUGUCCUUCCGGGUUUACUUGUAAAAACGGAAAGUGUAAAAACCAGUGUGAGAAUAUCAAAUGUGGUGUAAGAGCGGGGUGCGUUAAUGGUAAAUGUGCGUGUCCUCCAGGAUUUAGUGGAAAUCCAUAUGACAUAGAAAAUGGUUGUGUGGUGCAAGGUCAGUGUUUAAAUGACGCUGAAUGUCAAGAUACAGAAAUAUGUUUUCAAAUGACAAAAGAAUCAAGAAAAUGUGUCGAUGGAUGCAGCAAAUUUCAAUGUGGACCAAACGCUAUUUGUGUUACAAAGGACCAUCGUUCAUCAUGUAUAUGUAGUGACGGAUACUCAGGAUAUCCCGGUGACUUGUAUUUGGGUUGUAAAUUGGAAAGAACUGCUGGAAAAGAAGAAUGUAGAAUAAAUGAAGAUUGUGGUAAACCAGGAUAUGUAUGUUCGACUACACUUGAAGGAAUUUCUUCUUGUGUAAAUGCCUGUUAUCUAGUAGCAUGUGGUCCAGAAGAAAUUUGUCAAUUAGAAAAUAACAAUGUACCAGUAUGCAUAUGUCGUAAAGAAUAUAUAUGGAAUCCUAUAUCAUCAAAGUGUGAGAAACCUUCACUGCCAGACUGUUCUACAGAUGUCGACUGUAAAGAUAACGAGUCGUGUAAACCUGAUGCACUAGGUGUACUCAAAUGUGUUUCAGUAUGCUCCGAAUUGACUUGUCCAUUUAAUUCAAUAUGUGUGGCUAUCGAUCACCAAGGCAGUUGUCAAUGUUUACCUGGUUUUAUUGGUAAUCCAAAUGAUAGAAAUGGUUGUCAUUCUAUUAAACGAGGAAGUUGUCAACAAGACUUUGAAUGUUUGCCCUUUGAAUCUUGUUUAGAAGACCCAAUAAGUAAAUUAAAAUCCUGUAAACCAAUUUGUGAUCAUACUGUUUGCGGCUUGAAUGCUAUAUGUGUAGCUAAUAAUCACCUAGCACAAUGCCAGUGUCCUCCUGGUACAUUCACUGGUAAUCCUUAUGCCAAUGAAGGAUGUAAAGAAGUGUCAUGUGUUUAUAAUGAUGACUGUCUUCAUACUCAACUCUGUGAUAGACAAUCAAAUAAAUGUAAGAACGUAUGCAAUAUAGAUACAUGUGGCUUGAAUUCUGUAUGCCUUGCUGAUGGCCACAAAGCUUUAUGUCAAUGUCCUCCAGGCUUUAAGCCAAAUCCACUACCUGACAUAUCUUGUAAAGCUAUUGAAGUAUGCGAUGAUUCAACUUGCCACCCAACUUCAGUAUGUGAAACGAACUCUUCAUCAGGAUAUUUAUGUAAAUGUCCACCUGGUUAUAUUGGAGAUCCUUACACUGAAGGAUGUCGUAAAGAAGGUCUUUGUCUAAAUGGAAAUAUAGAUUGUCCAUUACUAAGUGUUUGUCAAUCUGGCCGAUGUGUAAAUCCGUGUGAAAAGUCAUGUGGCGUGAAUACAAUAUGUAACAUAAUUGAUAGAAAACCUGUUUGUUCAUGUCCAGCAAAUUUUGAACCUAUCCAUGGAGAUCCUAAAAUUGGAUGCGUUAGAUCAGUAAUUGAAUGUAUUAAUGAUUUAGAGUGUGAAGGUGGCAUAUGUUCCAAUGGUGAAUGCAAAGUUGUAUGUCGAAAUGUUGAUGAUUGUUCUGCUGGGGAAAGAUGUGUUCAAAAUAAAUGUGAAGUUCCCUGUGCAGGACAUUCUCAGUGCAUGUCAUCACAAGCUUGUGUUAUGGGAGUUUGUACAGUUGGAUGCCGUAGUAAUAAAGAUUGUUCAAAUGACAAAUCUUGUAUUAAUGCAAAAUGUCAAAAUCCUUGUCAACGCAAUGGUAUAUGUGGUGUAAAUUCGAUUUGUAAGACUAUUGAACAUAACGUGGCUUGUGUCUGUAGUGAAGGUUUCCAACCCAACCCUGUGGCUGAAGAAUCGUGCAUUAGAUCAACUACAAUUUGUCAUACUAAUGCUCAAUGUGGAUUGGGUCAAGAAUGUGAUGGAAAUAUAUGUAAAGUUGUAUGCAUGAGUGGUCUAGAUUGUGCAGAAGGAGAGAGAUGUUCAAACAAUAAAUGUGAAAAAGUUUGUUAUACAGCAAGCAACUGUCUAAGCGGAGAAGUUUGUGUAGAAGGCUUAUGUCACCUAGGAUGUAUUACAGAUUCAGAUUGUGAGUCAAGCCAAAUAUGUAUUGGAAAUAAGUGCCGAUGCGGAAAUGGUUUUGAAAGUUCUCCAAUUGGGUGUAAAGAUGUUAAUGAAUGUAAUCAAAACCCAUGCCAUCCUAGUGCGAAAUGUAUGAAUACUCCUGGUUCUUAUCAAUGUACAUGUUCUGAUGGUAAAGUAGGAGAUCCCUACACUGAACCAGGCUGUACUAGGCCAAAUGAGUGUAAUAAAAAUAGUGAUUGCAUAAUAAGCCUUGCAUGUGUAAAGAAUAAAUGUACCAAUUUAUGUAAAAAUGCUUGUGGAAAUAACGCAAUUUGUCAAAUGACUGAUCAUGCACCAGUAUGUACUUGUCCAUCCAGUUAUUUAGGCGAUGCAUUUGACAAAAAUGUUGGAUGCUUUAAAGUAGAAUGUCUCUCAAAUGAAGAUUGCCCUAGUGACAAACUAUGCCAAACUAAUAAUUACAAAUGCACGAAUCCAUGUGAUACUACUAACUGUGGUUAUGGAAGUUGCAAAUCCCAUCAACAUAAAGCCAUUUGUAAUUGUUACAACGGAUAUUCAUUUAAAGAUGGAAAAUGUCAAGAUAUAGAUGAAUGCAAACAAAGUCCAUGUCAUAAAACUGCAUUAUGCAGAAAUACACCAGGUUCAUUCACAUGUAUAUGUCCUGACGGACUUUUAGGUAAUGCAAAUGCUGAUGGUUGUCAUAGUCCAAAUAACUGCACUGAAAACCAAGAUUGUCCAAGUAGUGCUGUUUGCUAUCAUAAUCAAUGUAAAAACCCUUGUGAAAAAAAUAAAAUAUGUGGUCAUAAUGCAAUUUGUUCUGUUCAAAAUCAUGAAAUUCAAUGUCAAUGUCCUUCGAAAAGUCAUGGAGACCCAAAAGUUGAAUGUAAACUUAUUGAGUGCAUAAAUAAUAAUGAUUGUGCAAUAGGAAAAGCAUGUGUUAACUCUGAGUGUGUGAACCUUUGUUCAGUUUCAAAAGUCUGUGGUGAUAAUGCUGAAUGUAGCCUACAUAACGAUGCUGCAAUGUGUAAUUGUAAAAAAGGUUUUACCGGCGACCCACAUUUAGGCUGCACACCAAUAUUAUACUGUGCAACGAAUGACCAAUGUCCAUCCUCAACUAAAUGUAACAAUGGAAUUUGUUCAUUGGAAUGUAACUUAGCACGAGAUUGCGUUGGUAAUGAACUCUGUAUUGGAGGAAUAUGCCAACCAACUUGUCAAGGAAACAGUACUUGUCCAGAUUUUCAAUAUUGUUUGAACAAUAUAUGUGUUCAAGAACUACGUUGUUUGACAAACGAUGAUUGUGGAAAUACGGAUAUUUGUAAAACUAAUGCUAUUGGUCAAACUAGUUGUAUUAACAUAUGUGAUCAAGUAAUUUGUGGAAGACACGCAGAGUGUACUUCAGUUAACCAUCAACCUGUCUGUAAUUGCGAGGCAGGUUAUCAUGGAAAUCCAAUUGUCGGAUGUCAUAAAAUUGAAUGUUACGAGAAUACGAAUUGUAGUAUGGAUAAAAUAUGUGAAGACUAUAUUUGUAAAAUAUCUUGUUUGGCCAACAACCCGUGUGGACAAAAUGCAUUGUGUUCUGCUGAAAACCAUCAACAAGUAUGUUAUUGUCAACCUGGAUUUACUGGCGAUCCUUAUUUUGGCUGCAGCAUGUUAGAUCUCUGUGAAAUAUCCCCAUGUGGUCCCGGAGCAAGAUGUGACAAUACCAAAGGGACUUUUAAAUGUUUAUGUCCUCUCGGUACAAUUGGUGAUCCGUAUAAAGAUGGUUGUCAUUCACCAGUAGAAUGCCAAAUUGAUGAAGAUUGUCCAUCGGCCGCUCAUUGUGUUCAAAAUAACGGAAUUCCAAUAUGUCAAGAUAACUGUGAAAAUGUCAAAUGUGGACCCAAUGCAGAAUGUGGAACAUCAACUCACUAUGGGUCCUGUGUUUGUCACCCUGGAUAUCAAGGGGAUCCUAAUGACAUGAUUGUGGGAUGUAGACCUAGAGCUGUAGCAUGUACAUCAAAUCAACAAUGCCCGAGUAAUACAUAUUGUUAUAAUGGAGCAUGUAAAUCAUCUUGUCAAUCUGAUUCCGAAUGCGGCUUAUCAGAGCAAUGUUUACAAGGUCAAUGUAAUAACCCAUGCGAACGAGAAGGAGCUUGUGGUCUCAACUCAUUCUGUAACGUUCAAAACCAUGUUAAACUUUGUUCGUGUCCUGCUGGAUUUACUGGAAACAGUGAAAUAGAAUGCGUUCGAAUUCCUGUAGCUUGUGAAAAUAAUGAAAAUUGUUAUCCAAAUAGUACAUGUCAUCAGUCUAUCUGUCAACCUGAUUGCCUGGCAGAUAAUCACUGUGCAUUAAAUGAAAAAUGUUAUAAAAAUCAUUGUGCACUGACAUGUCGUGUUGAUAAUGAUUGUUUCUUGGGCCAUAUUUGUCUAAACAACAUGUGUUUAUUUGGAUGUAAAUCUAACGAUGAUUGUGCUUCGGUUGAAUCUUGUCGAGAUAAUGUUUGUAUCAACCCUUGUUUGACAAUGCCUUGCGGACCCAAUGCGAUUUGUACAGUAACUAAUCAAAGAGCUAUGUGUUCAUGUCAAGUUGGCUUUUUACCUAAUCCAACAGCAAAAAUAGCAUGUGUUAGGACACCAGCAGAACCAUGUAGUCAAAAUCGUGAAUGUCCAACGGGAUACUUGUGUAAAGAUAAUUCUUGUCAACCUGUAUGUACAUCAGAUGCUAAUUGCCAUGGAAAUGAAAAAUGUGAUAUGUCAGUAUCAAUAUGUAAACCUCUUUGUCGCAAAGAUGAUGAUUGUCGAAGUGGAGAAAUUUGUACAGGAUUGAUGUGCAAUUCUGGUUGUAGAAGUGAUACCGAUUGUCCAAACGAUAAAUCUUGUCUUAAUAAUGAAUGCAAAGAUUUAUGCGAAUCUCCAACAUCAUGUGGAGUAAACGCUUUAUGCUCUGUUUCAAAUCACCAGAAGCAUUGUAAUUGUCCAUUAUUACUCGAAGGUGACCCACUCGUUGGUUGCAGAUAUCCAUUGAUAAGUUGUAAAGAAAAUAGUGACUGUAAUUCUGGACAAACUUGUUAUUCGUCAACUUGUCAAGCAGUGUGCCAUACUGAUUUGGAGUGUUUAUCUGAUGAACGAUGUCAUAAUGGAGUAUGUAAAGCUAUAUGCAAUUCCGAUAACAAAUGUAGCUCAAAUCAAAUAUGUGAAAAUCGUAUAUGUAUUCGCGGUUGUCGCAGCGAUACUUCUUGUUUGGACAAUGAAGCAUGUAUUGAUAAACAAUGCCAAGCGCCUUGUAAUAACUCAACUACAUGUGGUUCGUGUGCUGAGUGUAAAGUGAUUAAUCACGGAGUCCAAUGUAGCUGUUCAGUUGGAUUCUACGGAAAUCCUCUGGUAAGAUGUUCUAAACUAGCAAUGAAGUGUGAUGGACUAUGCCCUUGUGAUCAAGAAUCCGGGUACUGUUUUAAACCAUGUUCUGCUAACAAGGAAUGUUCGUGUGGAGAAACUUGUCAUAAAAAUAAAUGUACUGCUAAGUGUAGUACCAGCGUCAACUGUCAACCUGGUCACAUAUGUUCGAAUGGUUUAUGCAUUGUUGGAUGUCGUUCGGAUACUGACUGUGGAGUAGAUCGAUCAUGCCAAAAUAACAAAUGCAAAAAUCCUUGUGAUACUCCUAAUGUAUUGUGUGGAGAAAACGCCGAUUGUAGUGUUAUUGAACACAAAGCCGUUUGUAUUUGUCCUGAUGGAUACCAAGGUGAACCAAGAACUGAAUGUAAACGAUAUUCAUGUGUAAAAGAUGACGAUUGUGAAACAAAUAAAAAAUGCGGUGCUGAUAAAGUGUGCAGAAACCCUUGUUUAGAGCAAGGAGCGUGUGGUUCAAAUGCACAGUGUAGAGUAGUAAACAAACAGGCGUAUUGUACUUGUCCGCUUGGUUACUAUGGAAAUGCCCAAUUAGAAUGCAAACCAGGAAUAUCAGAUAAAUGUACAUCAAAUCCAUGCGGACAAAAUAGUCUUUGCAAAAAAAUUCCUGGAGGCUUUGAAUGCAUUUGUCCUCCUGGAUGUACCGGUGAUCCUAGUAAAAGGUGUGUAUGCGAUGCGGCUCAACAACGAUCCGACGUAUGUAAGGACAUUUUAUGCGGAAAAAAUGCACUUUGUCAGCCGGUCAACGACCAGGAAGCAAAGUGCCAUUGUCCUCCAGAAUUUCCAGUUGGAAACCCUUAUAUUGAAUGCGAUGUAAAGAAAUUACCAUCUGACUGCCGUACUAACGGAUGUGGCAAAGGCGCCAGUUGUUUGCUGAAAGAAAAAAAUUAUAUUUGUCAAUGUCCAUCAGGCACAUCUGGAUCCCCUCAAAUAGAGUGCGUACAAGCUGUCGAAUGCGCCAACGAUGAUCAGUGUACAAAUGAAAAGACGUGCAUCGGCGGACGUUGCGUCGACGUGUGUAGCGUCAUAGGCGCAUGCGGCUUGAACGCGUUGUGUCGGCCUGUACUUCAUAAAGCCCAAUGCAUAUGCACGGAAUGUUACGACGGCGAUCCAAAGUUAGGGUGUUUGCCGGACAUGAAAGCUUGUAAGCGCGACGGAGACAACGCGAUUACCGCGACCACCACAUCUUCUAAGGUCACGACGCCAAUAUUGUGUACAAUAGAUUCGGAUUGCUCUGACACACAAGCGUGUCAGUCUGAUUUAUGCUUAGACCCUUGUGAGCGAGUAGCCUGUGAUGGACCAGUGAAAAAAUGCGUGGUUCGUAAUCAUAAGGCCAAGUGCAUUUGUACUUAUGGAUUCAUUGUUAACGAGCUGGGUGAAUUAUCUUGUGCCCAAGGCGAACGCGAGUGUCGCGUCAACGAUGACUGCACCAUACACAUGAGAUGCACUACUGGUGGCCAAUGCCUUAAUCCGUGUGAAAACAACGGACCAUGUGGAUCGGAAAAAAAGUGUUUGGUACUCGAUCGUCAGCCUGUAUGCGUGUGCGCUGAUAACUGCACUCCUACCGCGUUUAUGUGUCUACGAAACUCCGGGUGCCCGUUACAUUUACGGUGCAUUAAUUUUGAAUGUGUCGACCCAUGCAUGAAAACCUCGUGUCCGGCAAACGCACUGUGCAUAGUGCAAUCGCAUAGGGCUGUUUGCAAAAACUGUACAGCCGGUGACAACGCCGGUUCAAAGUCGGGCUGUCCGAAAGUGGUCGGGUGCUCAGCGGAUUAUGAAUGUCCAUCUCAACAAGCAUGUUUAGCAAAUCAGUGUCAAAACCCAUGUCAAUACAAUAACCCGUGUAAUUCACAACAAGAUUGUCAAGUAAAAGACCAUUUACCAGUUUGUCUAAAAUUGUGCCAAUGUAAAAAAAAUACACACUGUCAAAAUGGUUUCGUAUGCGAUGGCUGUAAUUGUAUAGAACCAAGUCAAAAUCCAUUACCUAUUCCAGGAUGUGAACAUUGUCCUACCGGAGUACCAUGUGACCCAGUAACUGGAGCUUGCGCUAAAGCACCGGUCAAUUCAAAGAAAACUCAAGUAUGCGAAUCAGAUACGGAAUGUCUGGAUUCGGAAGCUUGUUAUAUGGGUCAGUGUGAGGAUUUGUGUAGUUUUACAACGGUAUGUGCGUCAAAUGCCAAAUGCCAUGUAAUAAAACAUAGACCCGUUUGCUUGUGUCCACCUGGGUAUGAAGGAAACCCAGCAACUAAAUGUUAUCAGCCAAAAUUGUUUACAUGUACUUCAAAUAUCGACUGUACGCAUGGUGAAGUUUGCAUCCAGCAAAUUUGCCAAAAUCAUUGCUCUGUUCAUAAUCCAUGUGCUCAAAAUGCUGCAUGCGUUAAUACUGCUCAAGGAGUACAUUGUAGCUGCAUUGAAGGUUUUCAAGGAAACGGUUUUGUAAGCUGCCUACCAGUACGAUCAGUUUUAAAGCCAGUGUGCCAGUAUAAUGAAGAUUGUCCGCCAGAUAAAUUAUGUGAUAGACUGAAUAGAAUAUGUAUAAAUCCGUGUGACGAAGAUGCGUGUGGUGAAAAUGCUGAAUGUUAUCCAGUAAACCAUGGAACAGAGUGCAGAUGUUUGCCUGGUCACCAAGGAAAUCCUUAUAUUAGUUGUGCAUCAGUUACUGGAUGUCGAUCGGAUAAUGAAUGCGCAACAAAUGAAGUAUGUAUUAACGGAAAGUGUUCAAAUCCAUGCCGAUGUGGUCCAAAUGCUGUCUGUGAUGUUUUAAAUCAUAAAGCAACAUGUAAAUGUCUACCCGGUUAUGAUGGAAAUCCUUUAACAGGAUGUGAAGGUCCUCAAAAUCCAUGUAAUCCAAAUCCAUGCGGAAUAAAAGCUCUUUGUGAAAAUGAUAAUGGAAAUCCAAUUUGUUAUUGUCCCAAGGGCAUGACGGGUAAUCCGUUUAAAAGUUGCUUACCUGAAGGCGAGGAAUGUUCACCGAACCCAUGUGGUCCUUAUUCUGGAUGCAGAGUAGUUGACGGUUCUGCUUUCUGUUUUUGUCUUUCUGAGUACGAAGGAGACCCACCAUUAACUCCAUGUCAUUUACCUACUAAUCCAUGUAAACCGUCUCCUUGUGGACCAAACACACAAUGUUCAUUAUUAAAUAAUGGCUUUGCAAAAUGUACAUGCCUACCGGGGUACAUUGAAAGUCCUAAUACAAUUAGAGGUUGUGUUGAAAAGAAAAAUACAUGUGAACCUAAUCCUUGUGGCCAAGGUGCAAUCUGCGAUCCUAAUAGACAACCAUCAUGCUUCUGCCCAGAACCACUUAUAGGAAAUCCAUACAAAAGUUGUGGAGAGUCGGCAAAAACUUUAUGUCAACCGGGACCAUGUGGUAUCAACGCUGAUUGUUACGUAACUGGUAGCAAUGAGCAAUGUUAUUGCAAAAAUGGAUAUUCUGGAAAUCCUUAUGAAAAAUGUAGUCUAAUUCCUAGUAGUCCAUGUGAACCAAAUCCUUGCGGAAAAUACGCUUAUUGUUUAGUAUCGAAUGAAGGUCAACCUACAUGCUAUUGUCCCGAUGGAAUGGGUGGAGAUCCAAUAACAGGUUGUAAUGGACCUGAAUGUUUAACUGAUAAAGAUUGUUCAUUGGACAAAUCUUGUUUGGGAUAUAAAUGUAAUGAUCCAUGCCCAGGAUCUUGUGGAGUUGGAGCAACUUGUCGUGUUGAACAACAUCAUCCUGUUUGUACAUGUAAACAUGGUUUAACAGGAAAUCCAUUAAUGAGAUGUUACCCUAUAAGUAAUGAUCCUAUGCCAUCAGGAAACCCAUGUCUUCCAAACCCAUGCGGUUUAAAUACUGAUUGUAAAAUACAAAAUCGAAAAGCAGUAUGCUCAUGUUUAUCGAAUUACAUAGGUGAUCCCAAAACUGCUUGUAAACCAGAGUGUAUAUUAAACACUGAUUGUAAAAGUCAUCAAGCUUGUAUUGACUAUCGAUGUCGAGAUCCUUGUGCUUUUGGUAAUUUAUGUGGUGUUGGUGCUGUAUGCCAAUGUAAAGACCAUACCCCAUUAUGUUUGUGUCGUGAUGGUUUUGUUGGAGACCCAUUCUUGCAAUGUGUUCCUAAACCCGCAGAUAUACCUUAUAAAAACAUGACACUUCCGUGCGCACCUUCACCAUGUGAUCCCUAUGCUUCAUGUAAUGUUUAUGGAGGUCAAGUAGCGAUGUGUGAUCCAUGCUCAUCACCUGAACACCAAUGGAAUCCACAAUGUCACCCACAAUGUUUAUACAACUCGGAUUGUCCAUUUAAUAUGGCGUGUAUUGGGCAAAAAUGUAUUGAUCCUUGCCCUGGUUCUUGUGGAAUUCAAGCUGAAUGUACUGUUGUACACCAUCAACCAAUAUGUACUUGUUCAUCUGAUCUUGUAGGAAAUCCAUACGAACACUGUACUAGACCAAAACAAAAUGAAGUAGCAAAACCGCUAACAUGUGAUCGGGUUCAAUGUGGUGCAAAUGCCAUGUGUAAAAAAUCAAACGGAAUUACUGUUUGUGUUUGCCGCCCACAAUAUUUUGGAAACCCAUAUUUAGCUUGCCACCCAGAGUGUGUUUUAAAUACAGAUUGUGCACAAACACUUGCAUGUGUGAACAACAAAUGUGUAAAUCCUUGUCUUGGCGUUUGUGGUGUAAAUGCUUUAUGUCAAGUGGUAAACCAUUUCCCAGUAUGUUAUUGCCAACAAGAUUACUCUGGAGAUCCAUUUGUCAGCUGCUAUCAAUCUAGACCAAUUUAUCCAAUAUUAAUGGGUCCUACUGAUAACCCUUGUGACCCUUCACCUUGCGGUCUAAACAGCCGUUGUCAUAUUUCUAAGCAAGGAUAUGCUACUUGCUCAUGCUUACCGGGUUAUCGUGGUACACCUCCUGUUUGUAAACCUGAAUGUGUUGUCAGUGCUGAAUGUCCACAAACUCAAGCUUGCUUAAAUCAAAAAUGUGUUGAUCCAUGUCCAGGAACAUGUGGUGUUGGAGCAAAUUGUUAUACUAUGUGUCAUAAUCCAAUAUGUAGUUGUCCAACAGGUCAUGUUGGUGAUCCGUUUGUAGGGUGCUAUUUGCCAUUAGGAGAAGAAAUACCUAAAAAUCCUAUUAAUCCUUGUGAACCAACUCCAUGUGGUCCAAAUUCAUUGUGCGAAGUUAAAAAAGGACAUCCUGUUUGCUCAUGCGCACCAAACUAUAUAAGUAGUCCUCCAUAUUGUCGUCCUGAAUGUAUUAUGCAUCAUGAAUGUCCGUAUAACAAGGCCUGCAUUCGAGAAAAGUGUCAAAAUCCGUGUACAAAAUUAUGUGGCCCGAAUGCUAAAUGUGAUGUUGUAAAUCAUACACCAUUUUGUACGUGUGAAUCUGGUUAUAUAGGUGAUGCAUUUAUUGGUUGUACUAAAAUACCACCUACUGUAUUACCAGAAGUUCCAAAAGAUCCAUGUUAUCCUUCUCCUUGUGGUGAAAAUACUCAAUGUUAUAAUGAAGGAAAUAAUGGAGUUAAGUGUGUUUGCAUUCCACCAUAUGUUGGAAAUCCCUACUCUGGAGGUUGUAGACCAGAAUGUGUUAUGAACAGUGAUUGUUUAUCAAACUUUGCAUGUAUGGCUAGUCAUUGUAGAGAUCCAUGUCCUGGAGUUUGUGGACUUAAUGCUCAAUGUACUGUAGUAUCUCAUGUACCUACAUGCUCGUGUCUUCCAGGAUACGUUGGUAAUCCGUUCAUUUCUUGUAGAAUUGAACCACUCAUACCACCAACUCCAGUGAACCCUUGUGAACCUUCACCAUGUGGACCAUAUAGUCAAUGUCAAAUACAAGGGUAUAAUAAUGCACCUGUUUGUUCAUGUCUCCAAGGUUAUACUGGAACUCCUCCUUCCUGUCGUCCUGAAUGUCUUAGUAGCGCUCAAUGUCCUCGCGAUAAAGCUUGCAUUUCUCAAAAAUGUGAUGAUCCUUGUCCAGGAAUGUGCGGGCUCCAUGCGCAAUGCAAUGUUGUUAAUCAUAAUCCAAUUUGUACUUGUCCACCAAAUUAUGUUGGUGAUCCUUUUGUACGAUGUAUUCAAGAAGAACCAAAAUCACCUUCAUAUGAUUAUCAUAACCCCUGUUUUCCUUCGCCAUGUGGAGCCAAUGCUGACUGUAAAGUUUACGAUAGUAGACCGGUUUGCUUUUGUUUGCCGGGGAUGUUUGGGGCUCCUCCAAAUUGUAGACCUGAGUGUUUAAUUCAUGCAGAUUGUCCAACUAGAUUGGCAUGCUUACAAAAUAAAUGCCGAGAUCCAUGUACAGGAUCUUGCGGUUUUAACGCAAAAUGCACUGUUGUAAAUCAUCAACCAAUUUGUUCUUGUGAAUUCGGUUACCAAGGCGACCCAUUCAAUGGAUGUAAUGCAUUGCCAGCAAUUGAAUAUAAACCUACAAAUCCUUGUUAUCCUUCUCCGUGUGGAGCAAAUGCAAUUUGCAAAGAAUCAAACGGUGCAGGUUCUUGUUCUUGUAUAUCAGAGUACCUUGGCGAUCCUUAUUUAGGAUGUCGACCAGAAUGUGUAAACAACCUCGAUUGUGCAUGGAAUAAAGCAUGUACCAACAAUAAAUGUGUUGAUCCUUGUAUUGGUGCUUGUGGUCUAAAUGCAGAGUGUAAAGUUAGCAAUCAUGCACCUACAUGCUAUUGUCUGCUUGGGUACACUGGAAAUGCUUUAUUUUCUUGUCAUCAAAUUAAGCUAGAUCCAACAUGCCAAGUAGAUUUGAUUAUUACAACGGACCCUUGCAUGAGAUUACCUUGUGGCCAGUUUAGUCAAUGUAAAGCAAUAAAUGGUCAUGCUGUAUGCUCCUGUUUAUCUGGAUACUUUGGAAGUCCUCCAAAUUGUCAUCCAGAAUGUAUAACAAGUUCUGAUUGCCCACAAGAUAAGUCAUGUAUUAAUCAAAUUUGUUCUGAUCCAUGUCCUGGUACAUGUGGUUAUAAUGCUCAAUGUCGAGUUGUUAACCAUAGCCCAAUAUGUAGUUGCUAUCCCGGUCACCAUGGUGAUCCAUUCGUACGCUGUGCUAUAAUUGAAAGCUCCGAACAAGAGAGAAAUCCACAAAAUCCAUGUGUCCCAUCACCAUGUGGUCCAAAUUCUGCAUGUCAUCCUAAAGAUUCAACUCCUAUUUGUUCAUGUUUGCCAAACUAUAUUGGUCGUCCUCCUUGCUGUAGACCAGAAUGCACAAUAAAUUCUGAAUGUUACGGUAACUUAGCUUGUGUAAAUGAACGCUGUAUUGAUCCUUGCCCUGGUUCUUGUGGUAUCAACGCAUAUUGUAAAGUCAUAUCUCAUAGACCCGUAUGUAAAUGUAUUGAUGGGUAUAUCGGUGAUCCGUUUAAUUCAUGCACGCCUAAACCAAUUACACCUCCGCAAGAUGAGCAACGAGAUCCGUGUAACCCAUCACCUUGUGGGGCAAAUGCUGUAUGUAAUGUGAGGCAAAAUGCCGGUUCUUGCUCGUGUAUUCCUGAAUAUACGGGUGAUCCUUACACGGGUUGUCGACCCGAAUGUGUACUUAAUAGUGAAUGUCCUAGAGACAAAGCUUGUGUAAACAAUAAAUGUCGUGACCCAUGCCCAGGAAUGUGUGGCUUAAAUGCAGAGUGCAGAGUAAUCAAUCAUGCUCCUACUUGUUCUUGUCUUCCAGCAUAUACUGGUAACCCAUUGUCUGCUUGUCAACUUCCAGUUGCUAGACCAGAACCACCUAAAAACCCUUGUAUACCUUCACCCUGUGGCCCAUAUAGUCAAUGCAGGGUAAUAAAUAAUAAUGGCGUUUGCUCUUGCCAAAAUAAUUAUAUUGGUACUCCUCCGGCUUGUCGACCUGAGUGUAUGGUCAGCUCUGAAUGUGUUCAAGACAAAGCAUGUGUAAAUCAAAAAUGUGUUGACCCUUGUUCAGGUACUUGUGGAUAUAACGCUAGAUGUCAAGUUGUUAAUCAUAACCCAAUAUGUAGCUGUCCUCCAAAAUUUACUGGUGACCCAUUUGUGAGAUGUUUAGAAGAAAAAGUUCAAUAUGAACCUCCAAUUCAAAUAAAUCCAUGUGUGCCAUCUCCUUGUGGUCCAAAUUCUAUUUGUCGGGAAAAUGAUCAAACUCCAGUAUGCUCUUGUCGCCAGAAUUACAUUGGUAGACCACCGAAUUGUAGGCCUGAAUGUACAAUAAAUUCAGAAUGUCCUGGUAAUCUUGCGUGCAUAAACGAGCGUUGUCGAGAUCCUUGCCCUGGGUCUUGUGGAAUUUAUGCAACAUGUAAUACUAUAAAACAUGUACCUAAUUGUAAUUGCCAGCCAGGAUAUACUGGUGAUCCUUUUGCUGGAUGUUCUUUACUUAUUCAACUUUUACCGGCUGAAGAACCAAAAAUGCCAUGUAAUCCAUCACCGUGUGGACCUAAUGCAAUUUGUAAAGAACGGAAUGGAGCAGGAUCAUGUUCUUGUAUACCAGAAUAUUUUGGUGAUCCUUAUACUGGUUGUAGGCCAGAAUGUGUUACAAAUUCUGAUUGUGAUAGAAAUAAAGCGUGUUUCAAUAACAAAUGUCGUGACCCAUGUGUAGGUGUUUGUGGUUUAAAUGCUGAAUGUAGGGUUAUAAAUCAUUCACCAUCAUGCUCUUGUCUAGUUGGUUAUACAGGAGAUCCAACUUUAUCUUGUUACAUACAACCUGAAUAUGACCCAGAACCUCCAUCAAACCCAUGUAUACCGUCACCAUGUGGACCUUAUAGCCAAUGUAAACCUAUUAAUAAUCAUGCUGUUUGUUCAUGUCAAUCAAAUUAUAUAGGAACACCUCCUUCAUGUCGUCCCGAAUGUAUGGUCAGUUCAGAAUGUUCACAAGAUAAAGCUUGUGUUAAACAAAAGUGUGUCAAUCCGUGUCCUGGUACAUGUGGUAACAAUGCUAGAUGUCAAGUUGUUAAUCAUAAUCCGAUAUGCAGUUGUCCUCCAGGAUUCAAUGGCGAUCCAUUCUUUGGAUGUCAAAAAGAAGAAUCACCACUUCUGGAUGAAACCAAAAAUCCAUGUGUACCAUCUCCUUGUGGUCCAAAUUCUAUUUGUCGGGAAAAUGGUCAAACACCUAUAUGUUCUUGUCGACAAAAUUAUAUUGGUAGACCACCGAAUUGUAGGCCUGAAUGUACAAUAAAUUCAGAAUGUCCUGGUAAUCUUGCCUGCAUGAAUGAACGUUGUCGGGAUCCUUGCCCUGGGUCUUGUGGAAUCUAUACGACUUGUGUUACGCUAUUUCAUAGUCCACAAUGUAGUUGUGAACCUGGAUAUACUGGAGAUCCAUUUGCUGGUUGCACUAUAGUACAACAAGUUCCUACUGAAGGACCAAAAAUGCCUUGCAAUCCAUCACCAUGUGGCGCUAAUGCAAUAUGUAAAGAACGCAAUGAAGCAGGAUCAUGUUCAUGUUUACCAGAAUAUUUUGGUGAUCCUUAUACUGGCUGUAGACCAGAAUGUGUAACUAAUUCCGAUUGUGAUAGAACUAAAGCUUGUGUAAAUAACAAGUGUAAAGAUCCUUGUCCUGGUACAUGUGGUAUAAAUGCAGAAUGCAGCGUAAUCAAUCAUGCUCCAUCAUGUAUAUGUUUACCUGGUCAUACUGGUAAUCCUAUUACAGCGUGUCAUAUUCCUCCAGCUAUUGAACUUGAACCACAAAAUCCAUGUGAACCCUCACCUUGCGGACCUUACAGUAUUUGUAGAACCGUUAAUAAUCAUGCAGUAUGCUCUUGCCAAACAAAUUAUAUUGGUACACCUCCAGGAUGUCGUCCAGAAUGCGUAGUUAGUUCUGAAUGUCCUCAAAAUAAAGCUUGUAUUAAUCAAAAAUGUUCUGAUCCUUGUGUUGGUAUAUGUGGUAAUGGAGCAAGGUGUCAAGUCAUAAAUCAUAACCCAAUAUGCAGUUGCCCAAGUGGAUUUACUGGAGAUCCGUUUAGUCAUUGCAGACAUGAACCACGUCCCACAUUACCUCCAGCUUAUGAUGAAGACCCAUGUAUUCCAUCACCGUGUGGACCAAAUUCAGUUUGUCGAGCAAUUGGUUCAACUCCCGCUUGCAGUUGUCUACCUAAUUAUAUUGGUCGACCUCCCAAUUGCCGUCCCGAAUGUUCAAUAAAUGAAGAAUGUCCUGGAAACCUUGCCUGUUUAAAAGAACGUUGUAAAGAUCCUUGUCCUGGAUCAUGUGGCGUACAUGCUAUUUGUGAAACGCGCAACCAUAGACCUCAAUGUACUUGUGAAACUGGUUAUAGUGGAGAUCCAUUUGCUGGAUGUUCAAUUGUUUCCCAAGUUUUCCCAACGGAGGGUCCAAAAGAUCCAUGUGUUCCAUCUCCAUGUGGAGCAAAUGCUAUUUGCAAAACUAAAAAUGGUGCAGGAUCUUGUGUUUGUGCGCCUGAAUAUUUUGGUGAUCCAUACACAGGCUGUAGGCCAGAAUGUGUUACGAAUUCUGAUUGUGAUCGCACAAAAGCUUGCUCAAAUAAUAAGUGCAAAGAUCCUUGUCCAGGAUCUUGUGGUUUAAAUGCUGUAUGUACAGUUCUCAAUCAUGCACCAUCUUGUACUUGUUUAAUAGGAUAUACUGGAAAUCCAUUAACUGAAUGUCAAAUUAUAGCCAUAACUGAAGCAACACCGAUAGAUCCAUGUGUCCCGUCCCCAUGUGGCCCCUACAGCGUAUGUAAAGAAUUAAAUGACAAUGCUAUUUGUUCAUGUCAAAGCGGUUACAUUGGUACUCCUCCAUCUUGUCGUCCAGAAUGUAUUGUUAGUUCUGAUUGCAGCCAAAACAAAGCAUGUUUUAAUCAAAAAUGUGCUGACCCCUGUAUUGGUACAUGUGGUUUAAAUACACGGUGUCAUGUUGUAAACCAUAACCCCAUUUGUAGCUGCUCGCCUGGAUUUACAGGCGAUCCUUUCGCUUCUUGUCAUAAAAUACAACCCACAACUACUCCUUCGCCUAGAGACCCUUGCUCUCCAUCACCUUGUGGACCUCACUCUCAAUGCAGGGUUGUAAGCAAUACAGCUGCAUGUUCUUGUUUGCAAAACUAUAUUGGUCGGCCGCCAAAUUGUAGACCUGAGUGUGUUAUAAGCGCGGAAUGCUCCAGUAAUUUGGCAUGUAUCAAUGAAAAGUGUUCAGAUCCAUGUCCAGGAUCUUGUGGGCAAUAUGCUCAUUGUAGAGUGGUUAAUCACAAUACUGUUUGUACAUGCUUACCAGGCUAUACUGGAGAUGCCAUUACAUAUUGUCAUCUCUUACCUACCUCAACUGAAAGAUCACCGGAGUCAGAUCCUUGUUAUCCAUCACCUUGUGGCGUAAACGCAGACUGUAUUAAUCGAAAUAGAGUUGCUGCGUGUUCAUGUUCUAAUGGCUAUCAAGGAGAUCCUUAUACUGGAUGUCGUAGAGAGUGCGAAAAUAACGAUGAUUGUAGUUUGACUUUAGCUUGUAUAGGUUAUAAGUGUUUAGAUCCCUGUCCUGGAACAUGUGGUUCAGAAGCUAUAUGUACAGUAGUUAAACAUAUACCUGUUUGCUCUUGUCCUCCUUCGUAUACAGGCGAUCCAUUUUAUUCAUGCCGACCAAUACCUAUCGUUCCUACACAACGAGAACCUAUGGAUCCUUGUCAUCCAACACCUUGUGGACCAAACAGCCAAUGUCGUAAUAUUAAUGGACAAGCUGUAUGUUCAUGCCUACCAAAUUAUAUGGAAAGUCCACCUAAUUGUCGACCAGAAUGUGUUGUUAGCUCUGAAUGUCCAUUGGAUAAAGCGUGUAUUAAUCAAAAGUGUUUAGAUCCAUGUCCUAAUACAUGCGGAAUUCAAGCAUUGUGUAAUGUAAGGAAUCAUAAUCCAAUAUGUGCAUGUCCUGCUGGAUACUCCGGGGAUCCAUUUUCUCAAUGUUACUUAAUACCUACUACACCAGAACCUCCGGUCACAGAACGCCCAGCUUCAUGUUACCCUUCACCAUGUGGGCCUCAUUCCCAAUGUCAAAUACAAAAUGAAGUUCCUGUUUGUUCAUGUUUACCAGAUUUUAUUGGAUCUCCACCACAUUGCAAUCCCGAAUGCGUUAUACCCUCAGAAUGUCCUAGUCAAUUAAGUUGUAUUAAUCAAAAAUGCAGAGAUCCUUGUAUAAAUUCAUGUGGAAUAAAUUCAAACUGCCAUGUACUAAAUCAUAUUCCUAUUUGUACAUGCAACGAAGGGUUCACAGGCGAUCCUUUCAGUUUUUGUUCGUCAAUUCCAAUUACUACAAUACGUCCAUUAGCUGAAGAUCCAUGUAAUCCAUCACCAUGCGGACCAAAUGCUAAUUGUAGAGAUGGUGUAUGCCAAUGUUUAUCAGAAUACAACGGCAAUCCAUAUGAAAACUGUCGACCAGAAUGUGUAAUUAAUACAGAGUGUACAAGAGAUAAAGCAUGUAUUAGAAACAAAUGUAGAGAUCCGUGUAUAGGUACAUGUGGUCAAGGAGCAACGUGUGAUGUAGUUAACCAUAUACCAGUGUGUUCAUGUCCUAUAAAAUAUACUGGAGAUCCAUUCAGUAUCUGUAGACCUAUAAUAGAAGAUACUCCAGUAGUUUCUGAUCCAUGCAAUCCUUCACCUUGUGGACCUAAUAGUAUUUGCCGAAAUACAAAUAAUCACGCAGUUUGUUCAUGCCUUCCAAAUUACAUGGGUGCACCUCCUUCAUGCCGCCCAGAAUGUGUAGUUAACUCUGAAUGUCCAACAGGGAAAUCCUGUGUUAAUACCAAGUGUAUUAAUCCAUGUAUUGGUGCUUGUGGAAACGGUGCUAGAUGUGAAGUAAUAAAUCAUAGUCCUAUUUGUAGUUGCAGAGAAGGACAAACAGGUGAUCCUUUCCGAAGUUGCUAUGCUAUACCAAAACCACCAAUUCAACCAGUUUUUGAUCCUCCGAGAGAUCCAUGUGUACCAACACCAUGUGGUCCAAAUUCAAAGUGUAUAAAAUCUGGUAAUAAUCCAUCUUGUUCGUGUUUGCCAAAUUAUGUAGGAUCUCCACCUAACUGUCGACCAGAAUGUGUAAUAAACCCAGAUUGCACGUCAAAUCUCGCCUGCAUUAAUAAUAAAUGUAGAGACCCUUGUCCAGGAUCUUGUGGAAGUGAUGCCAUUUGUCAAGUUGUCAAUCAUGCAGUUUCGUGUUUGUGUCCACCUGGAUAUACUGGAAAUCCAUUUACACAAUGUAUUAUACAACAAGAAGACUUAAAUCCUUGUCAACCAUCACCUUGUGGUCCAAAUGCUGAAUGCAAGGAACAAAAUGGAGCUGGUUCAUGUUCUUGUAUAAAAGAUUAUUUUGGAAAUCCAUAUGAAGGCUGUCGCCCUGAGUGUGUUCAUAGUUCAGAUUGUCCCACAGAUAAAGCAUGUAUUAGAAAUAAAUGUAUUGAUCCAUGUCCUGGAAUUUGUGGAAUAGAUGCGGUUUGCACAGUAAUCAGUCACAUACCAACUUGCAACUGUAUUUCUGGAUAUGUUGGAGAUCCAUUUACUUAUUGUCAACCACAGCCACCAACAACACAAGCAACUGUGUAUGAUCCAUGCAAUCCCAGUCCUUGUGGUCCUAAUAGUCAGUGUAAAGCAAUAAAUCAACAAGCUGUUUGUUCUUGUCAAAAAGAGUACCAAGGAACGCCACCUAAUUGUAGGCCUGAGUGUGUUGUUAACAAUGAAUGUCCAUCAAAUAGAGCUUGCUACAAGUACAAAUGCACUGAUCCAUGUCCGGGUACUUGUGGAAUAAAUUCACGUUGUGAAGUAAUAAAUCAUAAUCCUAUUUGUACUUGUGCCUCUGGAUUCAUUGGUGAUCCAUUUACAAGAUGUUAUAUACAAUCUGUAAAACCACUAGAUGCACCAAAACCAAUAAACCCUUGUGUGCCAUCUCCUUGUGGACCCAAUUCUGAAUGUAGACCAGUUGGAGAACAACCAUCUUGUUCAUGUCGAGUGAAUUUCAUUGGAACUCCACCUAAUUGUCGUCCGGAAUGCGCCGUUAAUACCGAUUGUCCUUCCACUUUAUCUUGUAUAUCUGAUAAAUGUAGAGAUCCAUGUAUUGGAUCUUGUGGUUUGAAUACAGAUUGUAGAGUACAGAAUCACAUCCCAACUUGUACAUGUAAAUCAGGAUAUACUGGUGAUCCAUUCAGUCAAUGUAUAUUAAUAGUUGAAAAACCAUAUCCAACUGCAGCUGUAGAUCCAUGUAAUCCAUCACCUUGUGGAUCUAACGCCUUAUGUAAUAAUGGAGUUUGUACAUGUUUACCUAAUUACUUUGGUAGUCCAUAUAUUGGCUGUCGGCCAGAAUGUACAAUGAAUUCAGAUUGUCCUAGAAAUAAUGCAUGUUUGAAUCAGAGAUGUCAAGAUCCAUGUCCAGGAACAUGUGGUCAAAAUGCACAAUGUGAUGUAAUAAAUCACAUACCUACAUGUAGUUGUCCACCUGGAACAAUGGGAGAUGCAUUUACUAUCUGUAGACCUAUUAAAGAAGAUGCAGAUAUACCUUUAAGAGAUCCUUGUAAUCCAUCACCUUGUGGGCCUAAUAGCGUAUGUCAUGUUGUUCAAGAUCACGCUGUAUGUUCAUGCCAAACUUCAAUGAUAGGAAGUCCACCUUUGUGCAGACCUGAAUGUGUAAAUAGUGCUGAAUGCCCUUUGACACAAGCGUGUUUAAUGAAUAAAUGUCGAGAUCCUUGUCCUGGAACUUGUGGGCACCUAGCUAAUUGCAGAGUGGUGAACCAUAGUCCAAUUUGUACGUGUCCACCAAAACAUAAUGGAGAUCCAUUUAGGGGUUGUUAUCCAAUACAAGAAAUAGAAGAAAUAUUCCCAAUUCGUCCAGUUAAUGUUUGUGCACCCUCACCUUGUGGGCCAAAUUCAGAUUGUAAGAAUCGAGGCGGACUCCCAUCAUGCUCUUGUUUAGCAAAUUACAUUGGUACACCUCCUACAUGUAGACCAGAAUGUACCAUUAAUCCAGAGUGUCCUAGUCACCAUGCUUGUAUAAAUCAAAAAUGUACCGAUCCUUGUCCUGGAUCAUGUGGCGUAAAUGCCGUAUGUUCUGUUAUUAACCAUACUCCUGUAUGUUCUUGUAAUAAUGGAUACUCAGGAGAUCCAUUUUCAUUAUGUCAACCUGUUCCAGUAAACCCCAUUUACCAAGAACCAAUAAAUCCAUGUGUACCUUCUCCGUGUGGUAUAAACGCUAUUUGUCAAGAAUAUAAUGGUGCUGGUUCAUGUAACUGUUUACCAGAUUAUUUUGGUGAUCCAUAUAUUGGAUGUAAACCGGAAUGUGUGAUUAGCUCUGAUUGCACACCACAAAAAGCAUGUGUAAAAAAUAAAUGUAAAAAUCCAUGUGCUGGAACUUGCGGGCAAAAUGCUGAUUGCUAUGUGUUAAAUCAUUUACCGUCAUGUGUAUGUAUAACUGGAUAUACUGGAGAUCCAUACAAGUAUUGUGUUUCAAUGCCUCCAUCAUACCUAGAUGAUGUUAACCCAUGUGAACCAUCUCCUUGUGGAUCUAAUAGUCAAUGUAAACAAUUGAAUAAUCAAGCCAUUUGUUCAUGCAAACCAUCAUAUAUAGGAAAUCCACCUAAUUGUCGACCUGAAUGUGUGGUAAAUUCUGAGUGCAGAAAAGAACAGUCAUGUAAAAAUUUGAAAUGUAUUGAUCCUUGUACUAAUACUUGUGGAGCCAAUGCAAAUUGCAAAGUAAUUAAUCAUAGUCCUAUUUGUUCAUGUAAACCAGGAUUUACAGGGGAUCCAUUUUUGAGUUGUUAUGAAAUACAAUAUGUACCCACACUACCAGUUGAAAAUGAACCAAUUAAUCCAUGUGCACAUUCUCCUUGCGGUCUUUACUCUCAAUGUAAAGAUACAAAUGGUUAUCCUUCCUGUUCAUGUCAAGAAAACUUUAUAGGUAGUCCACCCAAUUGUAAACCAGAAUGUACAGUUAACGAAGAAUGUUCUAAAGAUAAGUCUUGUAUGAGACAAAAGUGUCAAGAUCCAUGUCCUGGAUCUUGCGGAGUUGGAGCAUUUUGUAAUGUAAUUAAUCAUACUCCUAACUGCUAUUGUCCAAGUGGAUUUACGGGGGAUCCAUUUAGUUUUUGUAUACCGAUACAACAAGAUGUUACAGGAUCUCCUAUAACAGAUCUGUGUAAUCCGUCACCAUGUGGAUCAAAUGCUAUUUGCAAUAGUGGUAUAUGUACAUGUUUACCUGAUUAUCAAGGUGAUCCAUACUAUGGCUGCCGUCCAGAAUGUAUAUUAAAUAUUGACUGCCCAAUACAAUUGACUUGCAUUAAGAAUAAAUGUAAAGACCCAUGUCAAGGUACAUGUGGAUUAAAUGCAGUUUGUAAUGUAUAUAAUCAUAUCCCUAUGUGUACUUGUCCUCAAGGAAUGGAUGGCAAUGCAUUUAUUCAUUGUCAACCUAUAAUACAUGCUCCUAUUGAAAUUACAAAUCUUUGUAACCAAACACCAUGUGGCCCAAAUAGCCAAUGUAGACAAAUUAAUGGAGUUGCUGUAUGUUCUUGUAUAUCUGGAUAUAUAGGAUCUCCCCCAUUAUGCAGGCCAGAAUGUAUAAUAAAUUCAGAUUGCAAUCUCAAUGAAGCAUGUUCUAACCAAAAAUGUAGAAAUCCAUGUCCCAGUAUUUGUGGUAUUGGGGCAAACUGUCAAGUUGUAAACCACAAACCAAUAUGCAGUUGUCCACCUGGUCAAAUAGGUGAACCCUUCACUAGAUGUUAUAAUAAACCACUUGACACACCUCAAAUUGUUGGAAAUCCUUGUAUUCCAUCACCUUGUGGGCCAAACUCUCAAUGUAACGUUCAAGAUGAAUCACCCUCAUGUUCUUGUUUACCAAAUUUUAUGGGAUCACCGCCUAAUUGUAAACAUGAGUGUAUAAGUAACAGCGAAUGCUCAUACAACUUAGCUUGUAUGAAUAAUAAAUGUAAAGAUCCAUGUCCGGGAUCAUGUGCUCUAAAUGCAUAUUGCCAUGUCGUAAGCCAUUCGCCAAUAUGUAAAUGUCCAAAUGGAUAUACAGGCGAUCCAUUUUCACAAUGUGUUUUUCAAGAAGCUAAUGAAAUUCCUCAAGAAGAUUUGCAUCCUUGUCAACCGUCACCUUGUGGAACAAAUGCCAUAUGUAAAGAACAAAGUGGUGCUGGUGCAUGUACAUGUCUACCUGAUUACUUUGGAAAUCCAUAUGAAGGAUGCAGACCUGAAUGUAUUUUAAAUACUGAUUGUCAAUCUAGUCUUGCGUGUAUAAAUAAUAAAUGUAGAGAUCCGUGUCCAGGAACAUGUGGACAAAAUACACUAUGUCAAGUAAUAAGUCAUUUACCCAUGUGUUCUUGUGCAAAUGGAUAUACUGGAGACCCAUUCAACUAUUGCCAUCUAAUCCCUCCUCAGGAUAUCGAUGCUGUGUAUUUAAAUCCAUGUGAGCCAUCACCAUGUGGACCAAAUACUCAAUGUCGUGAAGUUAAUCAACAAGCAGUUUGUUCUUGUCUUCCUUCAUUUGUUGGAAGUCCUCCAGGAUGUCGACCAGAAUGCGUUACAAACUCAGAAUGCUCAACAAAUUUAGCAUGUAUUAAACAAAAGUGCGAAAAUCCAUGUCCUGAACCUUGUGGUCAAAAUACGAAUUGCAAAGUUGUAAAUCAUAACCCAAUCUGCUCUUGUAUAAAUGGUUUUAUUGGAGAUCCAUUUGUUCGAUGCUAUGCAAUGCCUUUGCCAUUACCACCACAUAAUGAACCAACCGAGAUCAAUCCUUGUAUCCCGUCUCCUUGCGGCCCUUAUUCUCAAUGUAGACAACAAAAUGGAUUACCGUCAUGUUCUUGUUUAUCUGAAUACAUUGGAAGCCCACCAAACUGUCGUCCUGAAUGUACAAUAAAUGCUGAAUGUCCACAAAAUGAAGCAUGCAUAAGACAAAAAUGCCAAGACCCUUGUCUGGGAUCAUGUGGAAUAAAUGCAAUAUGCAAUGUUAUUAACCAUACUCCAAUAUGUGUAUGUUUUGAUAAUUAUGAAGGGAAUCCUUUCGAUGGUUGUUCUAUAAAGUCAACACAAGUAACACAGUCUGAAUAUUCGGAUCCUUGUAAUCCAUCACCUUGUGGAUCAAAUGCUGAAUGUUAUAACGGCAUUUGUACAUGUAAAUAUGAAUUUUAUGGUGAUCCAUAUACAGGAUGCAGACCUGAAUGUGUAUUAAACAACGAUUGUGAUAGAGAUAAAGCAUGCAUGCAAAAUAAAUGUAAAAAUCCAUGUCCAGGAGCUUGUGCUACAAAUGCAAUUUGCGAAGUUUACAAUCACAUACCAAUGUGUAGAUGUCCUAAUGGCGUAAGUGGUAAUGCGCACAUUAACUGUGUAGUUCAGCAAGAUACAAUUGAAACAACUAAUCCAUGCUAUCCAACGCCAUGUGGUCCUAAUAGUGUAUGUAAAAAUAUAAAUGGACAUGCAGUAUGCUCAUGUGUAACUGGAUACCUAGGUGUUCCACCAUCUUGUCAUCCAGAAUGUACAGUUAAUACAGAUUGUAACUUAAAUGAAGCUUGUAGUAAUCAAAAAUGUCAAGAUCCUUGUAAAGGUGUCUGUGGGAUUAAUGCUAUGUGUCGUGUUUAUAAUCAUAAGCCAAUUUGUAGUUGCUCUAAUAGUAUGACGGGAAAUCCAUUUGUCGCAUGUCGACCAAUUCCUUUGGGCGAACCACUACCACUGGAAAAUCCAUGUGUACCAUCACCUUGUGGUCCUAACUCUAUUUGUCAAGUUAAAGGGCAAAUACCAUCUUGUUCAUGUUUGCCAAACUUUGUUGGAUCACCCCCUCAAUGUAGGCCUGAAUGUAUUAUAAAUGGAGAAUGUCAACAAAAUUUAGCAUGUAAAAAUAUGAAAUGUGUUGAUCCAUGCCCUGGUAUAUGUGGCCUAAAUGCGCGAUGCAAUGUUAUUAGCCAUAGUCCUCGUUGCAUAUGCUAUUCGGGUUACGUCGGAGACCCUUACACGCAAUGCACUAUGCAGCAUGUGCAACAAAUAGAAGAAAUUUUAGACCCUUGUAAUCCAUCACCUUGUGGUACUAAUGCUAUAUGUAAAGAACAAAAUGGAGCUGGAUCAUGUACAUGUUUAGCUGAAUAUAUUGGGAAUCCCUAUGAAUUGUGCAGACCAGAAUGCACAACAAACACGGACUGUUCACCUAGUAAAGCUUGCAUUAAUAAUAAAUGUUUGGAUCCUUGUCCAGGAACAUGUGCUCCAAAUGCUAUUUGUCAUGUAAUUAAUCAUUCACCUACUUGUACAUGUAAUUAUGGAUAUACUGGAAAUCCAUUUAAUUAUUGCAAUAUAAUUACAAAACCAGUUGUAGAAGCCGAUACAAUUAAUCCUUGUACACCAUCUCCUUGUGGCCCUUAUAGUGACUGUCGAGAAUUAAAUAAUAAACCUAUAUGUUUCUGUCUUCCGAAUUAUAAUGGAAGUCCACCCAACUGUCGUCCUGAAUGUCUUAUAAGUCAAGAUUGUUCAUACAAUCUGGCUUGUAAAAAUCAACACUGCGUCGAUCCAUGCCCAGGACAAUGUGGACAAAAUGCCAAUUGCAAAUCAAUUAUGCACCGUCCAAUAUGUACAUGUCGUCAGGGAUAUACUGGAGACCCAUUCUCUCGAUGCUCUUUAAUUCCUCAAUUAAUACCAAAGCCCGAAAAUGAUAUAGUACCUAUGAACCCCUGUGUUCCCUCUCCUUGUGGACCAUAUGCAGAAUGUAGAAAUAAUGGUGAUUAUCCUUCAUGUAGCUGUUUACCACAAUAUUCUGGAAAUCCGCCAUAUUGUAGACCAGAAUGCACAAUUGAUUCAGAAUGUAUUAGCAAUUUUGCUUGUAUAAAACAAAAAUGUCGAGAUCCAUGUCCAGGUUUAUGUGCUAUGGGUGCAAAUUGUCAUGUUUUUGAUCAUGUACCAAUCUGUCAAUGUCCCGAAGGAUAUACUGGUGAUCCAUUUACAAGUUGUUACUUAAAACCUCAACUACCAGUUAUUCCUGAUUUACAAUCAGAUCUUUGCAAUCCUUCACCAUGUGGAUUAAAUGCAGUAUGUGAUAAUGGUAUUUGUUCUUGUUCGUUUGGAUAUCACGGUGAUCCGUAUAGUGGAUGUAGGCCAGAAUGUGUUUUAAAUGAUGAUUGCUCUCGAAAUAAAGCUUGUAUUAAAAACAAAUGUUUGGACCCUUGUCCAGGAACUUGUGGCAUUAAUGCUAUUUGUGAAGUGUACAAUCACAUACCUAUGUGUCGAUGCCCUCAAGGAAUGGCAGGUGAUGCAUUUACUCAAUGUCAACUUGUAUUUCAAGAACAAAUAGAAACACAGCCUUGCGUGCCAUCUCCUUGUGGUCCAAAUAGUCAAUGUAGGGAUGUGAAUAAUCAUGCAGUGUGUUCAUGCAUAGAUGGAUAUGUUGGUAAUCCACCAUCGUGUCGACCAGAGUGUGUCAUAAAUUCUGAUUGUUACUUAAUUGAAUCUUGUUCAAAUCAAAAAUGUAUUAAUCCAUGCAUAGGAACAUGUGGCAUUGGCGCUAAAUGUCAAGUAAUAAAUCAUAGACCAAUAUGUAGUUGUCCACCAUCAAUGACAGGAGAUCCAUUUAGUCGAUGCCAAAUUAUUUUUUCAUUACCUGAACCAAUUGGUAAUCCGUGCGUUCCAUCACCAUGUGGGCCUAAUUCACAAUGUAAAGUAACUCAAAAUACUCCAUCAUGUACAUGUUUGUCAGAAUUUAUUGGCUCGCCUCCAAAUUGUAAACCGGAAUGUAUAUCCAAUAGUGAAUGCCCAUACAACAAAGCUUGUGUCAAUAUGAAAUGUAAAGAUCCAUGUCCUGGAUCAUGUGGCCAAAAUGCAGUUUGUCAAGUUGUCAGUCAUACAUUGAGAUGUUUGUGUUUACCUGGAUACAUCGGUGAUCCAUUUAUUCUUUGCAGCGUCCAACAAGAUGAACCUAUAGCAGUCAUACAUGUUUCACCGUGUGAUCCAUCUCCAUGUGGUUUAAAUGCUAUAUGUCAAGAGCAAAAUGGCGCAGGAUCUUGCAGCUGUUUGCCAGGCUAUUUAGGAAAUCCAUAUGAUGGAUGUCGAUAUGAGUGUACUCUUAAUACAGAUUGUAUAUCAAACAAAGCUUGUAUUAGAAAUAAAUGUCAAAACCCAUGCCCAGGAUCAUGUGGACAAAAUGCAGACUGCUUGGUUGUUAAUCAUCUUCCAAUGUGUACUUGUUAUAAUGGCUACACAGGAGAUCCUUUUAAAUAUUGUUCAAUAAUACCACCUCAAAUACAAUCAGAACCUGUUAAUCCUUGUAACCCAUCACCAUGUGGUCCAAACAGCCAAUGUAAACAAGUUAAUGGCCAAGCAGUAUGUUCGUGUCUUCCCUCAUAUCAAGGAAGUCCUCCUGGUUGUAGACCAGAAUGUGUCAUAAGUUCUGAAUGUAAUGAAAGUUUUAUAUGUGUUAAUCAAAAAUGCACUAAUCCAUGUCCAGGUCCUUGUGGUUUGAAUACCAAUUGCAAACCCGUAAAACAUAGUGCUAUUUGUACUUGUAAACCAGGAUAUGAAGGAGAUCCAUUUUCUCGUUGUUAUCCUAAACCUCCACCGCCUUUACCACCACAGCAAGAUGUUAUGUAUGUAAAUCCAUGUAUCCCUUCACCUUGUGGGCAAUAUUCAGAAUGUAGAGAUAAUGGUGGUGUUCCAUCAUGUUCAUGUUUACCACAAUACUUUGGAAACCCUCCAAAUUGUAGACCAGAGUGUAUAAUAAAUAACGAUUGCCAAAAUAAUUUAGCAUGCAUACGUGAAAAAUGUCAAGAUCCAUGUCCUGGAUCUUGUGGAAUAAAUGCUUAUUGCAACGUUAUCAACCAUACGCCAAAUUGUAUAUGCCCUGAAGGAUAUAUGGGAAAUCCGUUUACAAUAUGCACAAUUAGACCCAUUCAAAAUGUUCCAGAAUCUGUUGAUCCUUGUCAGUCAUCACCAUGUGGUCCAAAUGCAGUUUGUAACAAUGGAAUAUGUACUUGUAUUAAAGAAUACUAUGGAGAUCCAUAUUCUGGCUGCAAACCAGAAUGUGUAAUUAACAAUGACUGUGACAAAACUAAAGCUUGCAUAAAAAAUAAAUGCAAGGAUCCAUGUCCAGGAACUUGUGGUAUAAAUGCCAUUUGUGAAGUUUACAAUCAUAUACCGAUGUGUCGUUGUCUUGAAAAUAUGGAAGGAAAUGCAUUUACAAUUUGUUCUCAAAUACAAGAUGUCACUGAAGAAAUUUAUCCAUGCAAUCCAUCUCCAUGUGGUCCUAAUAGUCUUUGCCGAGAGAUUAAUGGACAGGCAGUUUGUACUUGUAUAAAUGGUUACCAAGGUGUACCGCCAUCUUGUCAUCCUGAAUGUAUCAUAAAUUCUGAUUGCCAUUUAAAUAAGGCAUGUUCCAAUCAAAAAUGCUUUGACCCGUGUACCGGAGUAUGUGGUGUAGGAGCUAAAUGCCAAGUAAUUAAUCAUAGUCCAAUAUGUAGUUGUAUACCAGGCUUAACAGGAAAUCCUUUUGUGAGAUGUUAUCCCAUACCGGUUUCUAUACCGCAAUUAGAAAGUAAUUUGUGUAUACCUUCACCAUGCGGUCCAUACUCACAAUGCAAACAUAAUAAUAAUUCUCCAACUUGCACAUGCCUGCAAGAAUAUAUUGGAACACCGCCUAAUUGUAAACCUGAAUGUUUAACUAAUAGUGAAUGUCCGAUAAAUUUGUCAUGUAUUAGUAUGAAAUGCAAAAAUCCAUGUAUUGGAGCAUGUGCUCAGAAUGCCGAGUGCCGAAUAGUGAGUCACACCGCCCAUUGCAUAUGUCCGAAUGGAUAUGUUGGUGAUCCAUUCUCAAUAUGCUCACCACAACAAGAUAACCCUGUAUUCGAAGAAUAUAUUAACCCAUGUGUACCAUCACCAUGUGGCAUUAAUGCAGUUUGUAAAGAAAAUAAUGGUGCAGGGUCUUGUUCGUGUUUACCAGAAUACUUCGGAAACCCAUAUGAAAGUUGCAGACCAGAGUGCACAAUCAACUCUGAUUGUAUAUCUAGCAAAGCUUGUAUGAUGAACAAAUGUAAGGAUCCAUGUCCUGGAACCUGUGGCCAAAACUCUGAUUGUCAAGUAGUUAAUCACAUACCUAUGUGUACUUGUUUCAACGGAUAUACGGGAGAUCCGUUCCGACAUUGUCAUAUUAUUCCACCUCAGCAAACUGAAAUACAGCCUAUGUAUCCAUGUACUCCGACACCAUGUGGGCCAAAUAGUCAAUGCCGUGAAAUAAAUCAGCAAGCUGUAUGUUCAUGUUUACCAAAUUAUGUGGGCACUCCACCCGGUUGUAGACCAGAAUGUUUAACAAAUUCUGAGUGUACUUUUGAACUCGCUUGUAUAAAUCAUCAGUGUGUAAAUCCAUGCAUCGAUAGAUGUGGUCAAAACGCAAAUUGCAAAGUGAUUAAUCAUAAUCCAAUAUGUACAUGUGGAUCUGGUUUUGUUGGAGAUCCAUUUUCAAUAUGUUAUCAAACACCAGCACCAGUCCAACCACAAUAUGAUCCUGUUUACACCAAUCCAUGUAUUCCAUCUCCUUGUGGUCCAUAUUCUGAAUGCAAAGAUCGUGGUGGUUCUCCUUCGUGUUCAUGUUUAUCAACGUAUAUCGGUAGUCCACCUAAUUGUAGACCUGAAUGCGUAAUUAAUACGGAAUGCCCUAGCAACGAAGCUUGCAUUCGAGAAAAAUGUGUUGAUCCUUGUCCAGGCUCAUGUGGAUGGGGAGCUCAUUGUAAUGUUAUUAACCAUAUUCCUAUGUGUGUCUGUCCUGUUGGGUAUGAUGGAAAUCCAUUUAUUAAGUGUGAUAUGAAACCAUCUCAACAAGACGUUCCAGUAUAUACUGAUCUAUGCAACCCCAAUCCAUGUGGACCAAAUUCAAUCUGUAAUAAUGGUCAAUGUUCUUGUAUAAAUGAGUUCAUUGGUGAUCCCUAUACCGAGUGUAGACCUGAAUGUAUUUUAAAUAACGAUUGUCAGAGAGAUAAAGCAUGUAUGAAUAAUAAAUGCAAAGAUCCUUGUCCUGGAACAUGUGGUAUAAGUGCUGUAUGCAAUGUUUAUAACCAUAUACCAAUGUGUAGUUGUCCGAAAGGAAUGGUGGGAAAUGCAUUUAUAAUGUGUACAGUACAACAAAAUGAACCAGAAACUUAUGAACCUUGUAAUCCGUCGCCAUGUGGUCCAUAUAGUCAGUGUAAUAGUGCUAAAGGACAAGCAAUUUGUUCCUGCGUAUCAGGCUAUACAGGCAUUCCUCCUAUGUGUAGACCUGAGUGUAUUACAAAUUCUGAUUGUAGACUGCAUCAAGCAUGUUCCAACCAAAAAUGUGUAGAUCCAUGUCCUGGAACUUGUGGUAUUAAUGCCAAUUGUAAAACUAUAAAUCACAACCCUAUGUGUAGCUGUUUACCUGGAUAUACUGGAAAUGCAUUUAUAAAUUGUUACCAAAUUCCUGCUGACGUUCAAAUACCACUUAGUAAUCCUUGCAUACCAUCGCCAUGUGGCCAAUACUCACAAUGUCAAGUGAAUAACAAUUCACCAUCAUGUUCAUGCCUUCCAGAAUAUAUUGGAAGUCCUCCUAAUUGUAGACCUGAAUGUGUUACAAAUAGUGACUGUACGUAUACAUUAGCUUGUAUAAAUAUGAAAUGUCGUGACCCAUGUUUGGGAACAUGUGGAUUUAAUGCUAUUUGCCAAACAAUAAGUCAUUCUCCUAUAUGCCGUUGUCAAGAAGGCUAUACUGGAAAUCCAUUUGUACAAUGUAUUUUAAAACAAGAAACACAUGUGCUUCAAGAAUAUAUUAACCCAUGUGUACCAUCACCAUGUGGCAUUAAUGCAGUUUGUAAAGAAAAUAAUGGUGCAGGGUCUUGUUCGUGUUUACCAGAAUACUUCGGAAACCCAUAUGAAAGUUGCAGACCAGAGUGCACAAUCAACUCUGAUUGUAUAUCUAGCAAAGCUUGUAUGAUGAACAAAUGUAAGGAUCCAUGUCCUGGAACCUGUGGCCAAAACUCUGAUUGUCAAGUAGUUAAUCACAUACCUAUGUGUACUUGUUUCAACGGAUAUACGGGAGAUCCGUUCCGACAUUGUCAUAUUAUUCCACCUCAGCAAACUGAAAUACAGCCUAUGUAUCCAUGUACUCCGACACCAUGUGGACCAAAUAGUCAAUGCCGUGAAAUAAAUCAGCAAGCUGUAUGUUCAUGUUUACCAAAUUAUGUGGGUACUCCACCGGGUUGUAGACCAGAAUGUUUAACAAACUCUGAGUGUCAAUACCAUCUAGCUUGUAUAAACCAAAAAUGUUCUGAUCCAUGCCCUGGCGUAUGUGGUGAACAUGCUAAUUGCAAAGUUAUCAAUCAUAGUCCAAUUUGUACGUGUCAUAAUAAAUAUACUGGUGACCCAUUUUCAUAUUGUUACCUAAUACCAAUUCCUCAAGCUAUUUCUGAGGAAGUUACUAAUCCAUGCAUACCUUCCCCUUGUGGACCUUUUUCACAAUGCAUCAACAAUGGAGGAAUACCAUCAUGCAGUUGUCUUACUCAAUAUAUUGGUAAUCCUCCAAAUUGUAGACCUGAAUGUGUCGUUAACUCUGAGUGUUCAUUAAAUGAAGCUUGUAUAUCUGAGCACUGUAGAGAUCCUUGCCCAGGAUCUUGCGGCUUUAAUGCUCAAUGUAAUGUAAUUAUGCACACACCAAUGUGUACAUGUCCAUUUGAAAUGACUGGUGAUCCAUUUACAAGUUGUUAUCCAAAACCUCAAGAACAAAUACCUGUAGAAAAUGAUGAUCCUUGUAAUCCAUCACCUUGUGGUCCUAAUGCAGAAUGUAACAAUGGUAUUUGUAAUUGUUUAAAGGAAUUCCAAGGAGACCCUUAUGUCGGAUGCAGACCAGAAUGUGUAUUAAACAACGAUUGUUCAUUUGAUAAAGCUUGUAUACAGCGAAAAUGUAAGGAUCCAUGUCCAGGAGUAUGUGGUCAAAAUUCUGUAUGUAAUGUUUACAAUCAUAUUCCUAUAUGCAAAUGUCCUGAAAAUAUGUCUGGAAAUGCAUUUGUAGUAUGCAAACCAGUCGAAGACCAAUCACUAUAUACCAACGUAUGUGUUCCAUCUCCAUGUGGACCUUAUAGCCAAUGCAAGGAAAUAAAUGGUCAUGCUAUAUGUUCAUGUGUGCCUCCUUAUAUGGGAACUCCGCCUGCUUGUAGACCUGAAUGUAUGACAAAUUCAGAUUGCGCUCAAAAUGAAGCUUGUAAUAAUCAGAAAUGUAUAGAUCCGUGCCCUGGUAUGUGUGGAGUUGGAGCUACAUGCCAUGUUAUUAAUCACAGUCCUAUGUGUAACUGUCAACCUGGACUAACUGGUGAUGCAUUAAGUCAUUGCUAUCCCAUAUUGGCUGCUCCUGUAGAAGAAAUCACAGAAAAUCCAUGUAACCCUUCACCAUGUGGCUAUAAUGCUCAGUGUCAAGAUAUUGGAGGACAACCAUCAUGCUCCUGUUUGUCACAAUAUAUAGGCUUACCUCCGAAUUGUAGACCUGAGUGUUCGACAAAUAGUGAUUGUUCUUACAAUUUGGCUUGUAUGAAUCUGAAAUGUCAAGACCCAUGUCCUGGAUCUUGUGGAUUAAAUGCAGAGUGUAGAGUAAUAAGUCACGCUCCAAGAUGUUCCUGUUUACCAGGUUUUACAGGAAAUCCUAUUAUACAAUGUUAUGUUCAAGAAAUACAACAAACGCCACCCGAAACGCCACUUUCGCCUUGUUUACCUUCACCAUGUGGAUCAAAUGCUCUAUGUAAAGAACAAAACAAUGCUGGCGCAUGUCAAUGUUUACCGGAAUAUUUUGGUGAUCCAUAUGUUGGAUGUUCACCAGAAUGCGUGGUCAACUCUGAUUGUCCACAAAAUGAGGUAUGCAGAAGUAAUAAAUGUGAAAAUCCAUGUCCAGGAACAUGUGGUUAUAAUGCUGAAUGUCAUACAAUUAAUCAUGUUCCAAUGUGUUCUUGUUACAUUGGUUAUACCGGGGAUCCAUUUAAAUAUUGCUCUAUUAUACCUCAAGAUACUCCACCAAUACCAACUAACCCAUGCAAUCCUUCGCCGUGUGGACCUAAUAGUCAAUGUAGAGAAAUUAACGAACAAGCUGUAUGUUCCUGUAUUCCGGAUUAUGUUGGCAAUCCACCCAACUGUCGACCAGAGUGUGUCAUAAGUACAGAAUGUUCACAUGAUAAAGCAUGUAUUAAACAACAUUGUGUGGACCCAUGUCCUGGAAUGUGUGGUAGUAAUGCUAAAUGUCAAGUUAUUAAUCAUAGACCUAUUUGUAUGUGUAACAUAGAUUAUACUGGAAAUCCAUUCACGCAAUGUUAUCAAAUAUCAAAACCACCGCUUCAACAAAAUGAAAUUGUAUUUACUAAUCCAUGCCAGCCAAAUCCUUGUGGGCCUUAUUCUGUUUGCCGAGAUAACAACGGUUAUCCUUCAUGUACAUGUUUACCACAGUACACAGGAAAUCCUCCAAAUUGCAGACCAGAAUGUUUGCUGUCAGCGGAAUGUCCUAGUAAUAAAGCUUGUAUAAAUGAAAAAUGCAGAGAUCCUUGUCCUGGAUCUUGUGGUUCCGAAGCAUUAUGUUCGGUAUUAAAUCAUACUCCAAACUGCUAUUGCCCUGAUGGUUUUGUAGGUGAUCCAUUCAGUUAUUGUUCGCCUAAACCACAAGAUGAAACUAUUGAACCGAUUCGAGAUCCAUGCAAUCCAUCACCAUGUGGUCCCAAUGCAUUGUGUAAUAAUGGAUUGUGUACAUGUCGUCCCGAAUACGUAGGAGAUCCAAAUACUGGUUGUAGACCAGAAUGUGUAAUCAAUGAUGAAUGCCCAAGAAAUAAAUCUUGUAUUAAAUAUAAAUGCAGUGAUCCAUGCCCCAUGUGCGGAGAAUAUGCAAUUUGUGAAGUAUAUAAUCACGUACCAAUGUGUAGGUGCCCAGAGGGUAUGAAUGGAAAUGCAUUAGUAGAAUGUCGUCCUUAUGAAACAGCGGUAAUUGAAUAUCAUCCUUGCACACCAUCACCUUGUGGCCUAAAUAGCAAUUGUUAUGAAACAAAUCAACAAGCAAUUUGCAGUUGCAUUCCUGGUUUUAUCGGUAGUCCACCGUUAUGCCAUCCAGAAUGUAUUGUUAAUUCUGAUUGUAUUCCAAGCAAAUCUUGCAGUAAUCAGAAGUGUCGUGAUCCAUGUCCUGGUGUAUGUGGAAUUGGUGCAAGGUGUCAUGUUGUUAAUCACAAUCCACAUUGCAGUUGUCUUCCAGGUUUAACUGGAAACGCUUUUACUCGAUGCUCUGAAAUACCAAUAAUUGAACAUGAAUCCAUCAACUCUUGUAUACCAUCACCUUGUGGUCCAUAUUCCCAAUGCAAAGUUCAAGGAUCAUCUCCAUCGUGUUCAUGUUUACCUGAAUAUACCGGUUCUCCGCCUAAUUGUAGACCAGAAUGCAUAAGCAAUAGUGAAUGUCCUUAUAAUUUGGCUUGUAUUAAUAUGAAAUGUAAAGAUCCUUGUCCUGGAAUAUGUGGACAAAAUGCUAUAUGUCGUGUUAUAAGUCAUUCGCCGAUGUGCUAUUGCAUUCAUGGUUACACAGGGAAUCCUAUGGCACAAUGCUAUGUCCAACAAGAUAUACCAGUUAGGGAAGAAAAUAUUCAUCCAUGUAUACCAUCACCUUGUGGUGCAAACGCAAUAUGUCAUGAACAAAAUAAUGCCGGCUCCUGCAGCUGUUAUCCAGGAUAUUUUGGCAAUCCUUAUGAUGGAUGUAGACCUGAAUGUAUAAUCAAUACAGAUUGUGAUACAACAAAAGCUUGUAUUCAAAAUAAAUGCGCAAAUCCUUGUCCUGGAACUUGUGGUCUUAAUGCAGAAUGUAAUGUUGUGUACCAUGCAGCUACUUGUACGUGUAAUCCUGGUUACACAGGAAAUCCAUAUCAGUCGUGUAACUUUAUUCCAACUCAAAUUCUUCAAGCAGAACCAGUUUACCCUUGCAUGCCAUCACCAUGUGGUCCGAAUAGCCAGUGUAAAGUAUUAAAUAACCAGCCUGUUUGCUCAUGUUUGCCAACAUUCAUUGGAAAUCCACCUAGUUGCCGACCGGAGUGCACAAUAAGUUCCGAAUGUUCAUCGAAUUUAGCAUGUGUAAAUCAUAAAUGUAUUGAUCCUUGUCCUGGAGUGUGUGGUAAAAACGCAUAUUGCAAAGUAUUAAAUCAUAGUCCAUUAUGUUCUUGUAACUCUGGAUUUACUGGAAAUGCUUUUACAUAUUGCUAUAAAAUACAAAGCGAUCCAGUUCCAACACAACCACUAAAAAAUCCAUGUAUUCCUUCACCUUGUGGCCCUUAUUCUCAGUGUCAAGACAAUGGGGGUGCUCCAUCUUGUUCAUGCCUACCAACAUACUUUGGUUCACCGCCAAAUUGCAAACCUGAGUGUACAAUUAAUGCUGAAUGUCCUAGCAAUAAAGCAUGUAUUAAAGAAAAAUGUUUAGAUCCUUGUCCCGGUGUAUGUGGAUUAUAUGCUUUAUGCCAUGUAGUCAACCACAUUCCAAUUUGUAUUUGUCCUGACAGUUAUACUGGAGAUCCCUUUUUAAGCUGCUAUGUGAAACCACAACCUCCUAACCAGCAACAAUCAGAUCCAUGUAAUCCAUCACCUUGUGGUCCGAAUGCAUCGUGUAAAAAUGGAAUAUGUACAUGUUUUCCAGAGUAUCUUGGGGACCCAUACAGUAUUUGUAGACCUGAAUGUGUUCAUAACAAUGAAUGUCCUCUAAACAAAGCUUGUAUUAAACAAAAAUGUGCAGACCCAUGCCCUGGAACUUGUGGGCAAAAUGCUUUAUGCAACGUUUAUAGUCAUAUUCCUAUGUGUACUUGUCCUCAAGGGAUGACUGGAAAUGCAUUCUCCCAAUGUUUACCAUUCCAAGCUCCUGUUGAACAAAAUCCUUGUCAACCCUCUCCAUGUGGCCCUUACAGCGAGUGCAAAGAUGUAAAUGGUUAUGCAAUGUGCUCAUGUUUGAGUGAAUUCUUUGGUUCUCCGCCUUCUUGUCAUCCUGAAUGUACUAUUGACUCAGAUUGUAGGCUUGAUAGAGAAUGUUCAAAUCAAAAAUGUCGAGACCCAUGUCCAGGUACUUGUGGAGAAAAUGCACAAUGUCAUACUAUAAGUCAUCGACCUCAUUGUACAUGUCCCUCAGGCUUAACGGGAAAUCCAACUUCUAAAUGCUACAUAUUGCAAUUACCGCCAGAGCCUAUGCAAAACCCUUGUGUACCUUCUCCAUGUGGGCCAUAUUCUCAAUGUCAAAAUCGUGGAAAUUCUCCUUCAUGUACAUGUUUACCAGAUUACGUAGGCACAUCACCAAACUGUAGACCACAAUGUAUUAGCAAUAGUGAAUGUCCUAACCAUUUGGCUUGUAUAAACUUAAAAUGUAAAAAUCCAUGUCCAGGUGUGUGUGCACCUAACGCAAUAUGUAAUGUAAUUAGUCAUACGCCAAGAUGCACUUGUCCCCAAGGAUUUAACGGGGAUCCAUUUACACAAUGUGUACUUCAAGCUGAACCAAUUCCUGAAGAAAUAAUUAACCCAUGUAUACCAUCACCGUGUGGUCCUAACGCGUUAUGUAAGGAACAAAAUAAUGUUGGGUCAUGCGUCUGUUUACCUGAAUAUUACGGAGAUCCUUAUGAAGGCUGUCAUCCAGAAUGUACAGUUAAUACAGAUUGUGCACCCAGCAAAGCAUGUAUGGCUAAUAAAUGUAGAGAUCCUUGUCCAGGAACAUGUGGAAGUAAUGCUAAAUGUCAAACUAUACAUCACAUUCCAAUGUGCACUUGCUUAAAUGGCUAUACUGGAGAUCCAUAUAGUUAUUGUAAACUUAUAUUACCCCAACAAAUUGAAGCAGAAUUUCAUUAUCCGUGUAUUCCAACGCCAUGUGGUCCAAAUAGUGUAUGCAGAGAAAAUAAUGGCCAAGCUAUUUGUUCUUGUUUACCUUCAUACAUUGGAACACCGCCAGGAUGCAGACCCGAAUGUACCACAAGUUCUGAAUGUGCAAACAACCUUGCUUGUAUAAAUCAAAAGUGUGUUGAUCCAUGCCCAGGUAGAUGUGGACAAUACGCACAUUGUCAAACGUUCAAUCACCAUCCAAUUUGUAAAUGUAUUCAAGGUUAUACGGGAGAUCCAUUGAUUCUCUGUACACUAAUACAGAAUCAACCACUUCAAGAUGUAAUUGUAAACCCUUGCAUUCCCUCACCAUGUGGUCCACAUUCUCAAUGUGUAGCACACGGAAAUACGCCAUCUUGUUCCUGUAUGCCAACUUAUAUUGGUAGACCGCCAAAUUGCAGACCAGAAUGUGUUAUUAAUGCAGAAUGUCAUAGCAAUAUGGUUUGUAUCAAUAACAAAUGUAAAGAUCCAUGUCCAGGUUCUUGUGGUUAUAACGCAGAAUGUAGUGUUAUUAAUCAUAUUCUGUUGUGUUCAUGUCCAGUUAGUUAUGUAGGAGAUCCAUUUGUUAGCUGUUAUAUCAAACCAUCAUCUCCUCCAAAACCUCAGUAUACUGACCCAUGUGAUCCUUCACCUUGCGGGCCAGGUGCUACUUGCAGAAAAGGAAAUUGUCAAUGUAUAGCUGGCUAUCAAGGAGAUCCUAAUAGAGGCUGUCGACCAGAGUGUGUGAUCAAUGAUGAUUGUAUUAAAGAUAAGGCUUGCGUUAAAAACAAAUGUGUUAAUCCAUGUCAAGAUGCAUGUGGAAUUGCUGCAACUUGUGAGGUUUACAAUCAUAUACCAAUGUGCCAUUGUCCAAUUGGAAUGACAGGAAAUGCAUUCAUAAUGUGUCAUCAAAUAUUACAAGAACAAAUCAUCAAAAAUCCUUGUUCUCCUUCUCCGUGUGGACCAAAUAGUGUAUGUCGAGAAAUAAAUAACCAAGCAGUGUGCACUUGCUUACAAUCAUUCUAUGGUAGCCCACCCAAUUGUCGCCCUGAAUGUUUAGUUAAUUCUGAUUGUUCAAUGAAUACUGCUUGCUUGAAUCAAAAAUGUAGAGAUCCUUGUCCAGGAACAUGUGGAAUUAAUGCAGAAUGCCAUGUUUUAAAUCAUAAUGCUAUUUGUAGUUGUCCUAUUUACAUGAUAGGAGAUCCGUUCUCUAAAUGUAGUUAUCCAGUUGUCAAACCUCUGCAAAAGCCAAUUAAUCUCUGUAUUCCUAGUCCUUGUGGUCCGUAUUCCGAAUGUCGUGUAACUUCCAAUUCCUAUACUUGUACAUGCCUUCCCAAUUAUCUAGGAUCUCCCCCGCAAUGUCGACCAGAAUGUAUAUCGAAUAGUGAUUGUAGAUCUAACUUAGCCUGUUAUAACAUGAAGUGUAGGGAUCCAUGUAUAGGCUCAUGUGGAUUGAAUUCUGAAUGUUAUGUACUCAAUCAUAUCCCUCAAUGUAUAUGUCCUCGAGGAUUUGUUGGAAAUCCUUUUGUAUCAUGUUAUAUUCAGCCAACAAUGUCUGUGGAACCAACACCAACAUCACCCGCUGAUCCGUGUUACCCAUCACCUUGUGGGCCUAAUGCAAGGUGCCGUGUUGAACAGAAUUAUCCCAUUUGCGAAUGUUUACCUGAAUAUCAAGGAAAUCCAUAUGAAUCGUGUCGUCCAGAAUGUCUUGUCAGUUCCGACUGCACAAUGAAUAAGGCUUGUAUUCGAAAUAAAUGUCAAGAUCCUUGUCCUGGUACUUGUGGUGUAGCAGCUAUAUGUUAUGUCUCGAAUCACUUAGCAAUAUGCUCUUGUCCAGAAGGUUUGACUGGCGAUCCUUUCCAAUAUUGUCAACCAAUUAAAACAUUUGACCCAGUUCCAUCUAAUCCAUGUGUGCCGUCACCAUGUGGACCAAAUACUCUUUGCCGUGUUAUGAAUGACGCUGCUGUUUGUGAAUGUUUAACUGGUUACGAAGGUUCUCCUUCAACCAGCGGUUGCAGACCUGAAUGUGUCAUUAGUUCUGAUUGUCCUCGUAAUAGAGCUUGCAUAAAUACAAAAUGUGUUGAUCCAUGUCCUGGUGUGUGUGGAUAUCAAGCAAUAUGUCAAACUUUAAAUCAUAGUCCUGUCUGUUCAUGUCCACUUCCAACAGUUGGAGAUCCAUUUGUUGAAUGCAAAGAACAACCAAUGAUACCACGAGAUCCAUGUAACCCAUCACCAUGUAGUAUUAAUGGUCAAUGUAGAGUUAUAGGAGAAGUAGCAUCAUGCAUUUAUCCAGAAUGCAUAAUAAACCAAGAUUGUCCUAGAGACAAAGCUUGUUUUAAUCAAAAAUGCCAAGAUCCUUGUAGAGAUGUCUGUGGAUUAAAUGCAAUAUGCCAGGUCGUAAAUCAUAAUGCAGUUUGUUCAUGUCCACCAGGAUACUACGGAGAACCAAAGCUGCAAUGUAUAGUACAACACACACCUCCAGAACCUAAACCAGAAUGUACAAGUGAUAAUGAAUGUUCAAAUGAUAAAAUUUGUAUAAAUUAUAAGUGUAAAAAUCCAUGUCAAGAAUCAGAUAUUUGUGCCAGAAACGCUUUGUGUUUUGUUCAAAAACAUAGGCCUGUAUGCACUUGUAAAGAUGGAAUGACUGGAAACGCUCAAACCCAAUGCGUUGAAAUUGGCUGUCGUGCCGAUACGGAUUGCCCACCAGAUAAAUCAUGUGUCAACGGUGACUGCGUUAAUCCAUGUGCAUACACACAUUGUGGUAUAAAUGCAUUAUGUCUUCCAGAUUCAUAUCAUAGAGCUAAAUGUUAUUGUCCUCCAUCAUAUGAAGGUGAUCCAUUUAAUGAAUGUUUAAGACCUGAAUGCACAGAUGAUUUCGACUGCCCUUCGACAUUAGCUUGUAGAAAUCAACACUGUCAAAGUCCAUGUGAUUGUGCACUGACUGCAUUAUGUAAUGUUGCGAAUCACAUUGCAUCUUGUAAAUGUCCUCCAGGUUACAUUGGAAACCCUCAUGUAUCUUGCAAUUUAGAACCAGUUGCAAUUCAACCACAAUGUACUAUGGAUUCUGAUUGUCCAAGUAAAUUAGCAUGCUUUAAUGGAGUAUGUCGUAACCCUUGUAUUGAAAUAAAACCAUGCGGCUUAUAUGCUGAAUGUACUGUAGUUGAUACUUUACCUUAUAGAACAAUGUCAUGCCAAUGUAUUCCAGGCUAUGUUGGAGAUGCUAACACUCAGUGUAAACCAGCUACUCCAACAUUGGUUGGUUGUUCUUCUAACGAUGAAUGCUCAACAACAGAUUCUUGUCUGAAUCGACAAUGUAUUAACCCAUGCAUUGUAUCAAACCCAUGCGCUCCAACUGCACAGUGUUCAAUUAACAAUCAUAAAGCAGUAUGUAAAUGUCCAGAUGGUCUUAUUGGAGACCCAUUCAUUAGUUGUUACCAAGUUCCUCAAGCUCUGCCAGAAUGUACAUCUGAUUCCGAAUGUACCAGUACAAAAAUAUGUAGGAAUCAAUAUUGCCAAGAUCCAUGUUUAAUAUCAAAACCAUGUGAUUCUACAGCUGAAUGUACAACUAUAAAUCACCAUCCUACAUGUAAUUGUCCUAGUGGAUGGGCUGGAGAUCCUCAAGUUCGAUGUUAUAAACCCGGUUGUAAAACUGAUAAUGACUGCAUGUACGAUAAGGCAUGCAUAAGUAACAAUUGCAUAAAUCCAUGUAGAAUGCACAGCUGUGGUCACGGUGCUGAAUGUAUAAUACAAGGACACAAAGCUCAUUGCGUUUGCCCAAUGGGUACCCAAGGAUCACCAUUGGUAUCGUGUGUGUCCGUUGUUUGUCAGUACAAUGAAGAUUGUGCUGGUCAUGAAGCAUGUGAUAGACUUAAUAGAAGAUGUAGAUCUGUAUGUGAACAAGACACUUGUGCAGAACAUGCAACAUGUUUAGCACAAGCUCAUCAGCCUACAUGUACAUGCCUACCAGGUUUCCAAGGAAAUCCUUACAUUGAAUGCAUAGAAUCGAGGGUUCCAACAAUAACACCUGAGUGUACCGUUGAUUCUGAUUGCCCAUCAAAAUACGCUUGUAUAAACCAAAGAUGUCAAAACCCGUGUACAUUAUCUGUGUUAUGUUCGCCAGAUCAAGAAUGUAACGUAAAAGAUACUGUUCCAUACAAAACAAUUAUGUGUCAAUGUAGAUCCGAUACAAUUGCAACUGCAGAUGGCCAUUGCAAGCCAAUAGUUCCUAUCACACCUCAAUGUAGAAGUGAUCAAGAAUGUCAGCCUGUAGAAAGAUGUGUUAAUCAAGCCUGUGUUGAAGCUUGUCGCAUUGAUCCAUGUGGAAUAAACGCCCAAUGCAUAUCACAAAAUCAUCAAUCAGCAUGUUCAUGUCCGCCCGGCUAUGUAGGAAAUCCACAUAUUGAAUGUACAUUAAGACAAGCUAUUCCUAUAUUACCCUCAUCGCCAGAAUGUACAAGAAAUGAUGAUUGUUUCUCAGAACAAACAUGCAUCAACCAAAGAUGUAUCAGUCCUUGUACUUUACCAAAUAGUUGUGGACAAGGAUCAUUCUGUCAUGUACAAAACCAUCAACCAAUUUGUAGAUGCCCUACUGGGUACACUGGAGAUCCACGUAUAACUUGCAUUCCGCCAUCGGUAUCUACGAUAGCAUGUGUAUCAAAUACAGAAUGUAUUCCAGAAGAGUCAUGUAUAAAUAGGCAAUGUGUUAGUCCAUGUAAUUGUGGGCCUAAUUCAGACUGUAAAGUCCUAAACCACUAUCCUAGCUGUGCGUGCAAACCAGGCUUCUAUGGAAAUCCACAGCAAGGAUGUAUAAAAAUGGGUUGCACAUCUGACGAUCAAUGUUCUUAUGAUAAACAAUGCUAUAAUGGAGAAUGUGUUCCACCGUGCUUGUUGAGUGAUCAGUGUGCAUCAACGGCAGAAUGUUACGGUGAUAACCAUCGUGUAGCAUGUAGGUGCCCCCCUGGUUACUUUGGUAAUCCAUUCGAAAAGUGUGAGCGUACAGAAUGUACAUUUGAUAUCGAUUGUCCAAAUGACCGAAUGUGUUUCGACCAACACUGUAUUAACCCAUGUACAGAACAACAUGGUCAACCAUGUGCCUCCAAUGCUAUAUGUAUACCUAAAAAUCACGCGGCAACUUGUAGAUGUCCUGAAAAUCUUCCGCUUGGAGAUCCAACUUCUUACUGUGAACGUUUACCUUCACCAAUUUAUGGUGAGCCCGAAUGUAAAAUUGAUGUCGACUGUGCUAGUCGUUUCGCAUGUAUAAAUGAUAGAUGUGUUAAUCCAUGUCAAGAAAUAAAACCAUGUUCAAAUAGUGCUAUGUGUACAGUACUUGAUAGUGUACCAGUCAGAACAAUGACUUGUACAUGCCAAGAAGGUUGGGUAUUAGAUGAAAACGAAGAAUGCAAACGAGUUGUCGUAACUUCACCACCUGGUUGUUCAAAAAAUGACGACUGUUCAUCAAACGAAGCUUGUUUAAAUAGACAGUGUCGCAAUCCAUGCAACUGCGGUACAAAUGCUCAAUGCUUUGUUCAAAAUCAUCGCCCAGUAUGUUCAUGUCUAGAGGGUUAUGAUGGAAAUCCAAAUGUCGCUUGCCGAACUGUUGGAUGUAAACGAAAUUCUGACUGUGACUCUGGAAAAGCUUGUAUCAACAGUCAUUGUUUGAACCCGUGCAUAGUUGAAGAUCCUUGCGGACCAAAUGCAGAAUGUUUUACAAUUGCUAGCCGCCCAGAAUGUCGUUGCAAGAGUGGUUUUAGAGGAAAUCCUUACGAUAGAUGUUUAGUUAUAGGUUGUCGUAGCAAUAACGAUUGUCCAAAUGAUCGUGCAUGUAUCAAUGGACAAUGUAUAAAUCCUUGUGUCUACGAACACCCUUGUUCACCUCAAGCUGAAUGCAAAGUUCAAAACCAUUUUGCACUUUGCCGCUGUCUACCAGGGAUGUUGGGAAAUCCGUAUGUGGCUUGUAGGCAAGAAAUACAACCAGAAUGUAAAGAAGAUUCAGACUGUCCAUCAUUAUUAGCAUGUUUGGAUAAUGUAUGUCAAAAUCCAUGUACAACUUUAGAACCUUGUAAACAUCCGGCACAUUGUAUUGUGAUUAAUUCACUACCAAUAAGAACCAUGGUAUGUGAGUGCCCAAGUGGUUAUGUGAGUAGUGGAAGUGGAAUUUGCAAGAUCAUGCCACCAAUAACAGCGGUCGCUUGCACUGCGGAUACUCAAUGUCAUUCAGACAAAAGUUGUGUAAAUGGAAGGUGUAUUGAUCCAUGUAACUGCGGACCGAAUUCAGAAUGUAGAGUUUGGGAUCAUAAACCUGUUUGCUCAUGCUUAGCAGGAUACGAUGGAAAUCCUGAAAUAGAUUGUACCAUAGUUGGAUGUCGAAGUGAAUCUGAUUGUUCUAGUCAAGAUACGUGUGUCAAUAGAAUUUGCGUUCCGGCAUGUUCCGCAGAUGGAUCAACUUGUGGUACAGCAGCAGAAUGUUACGGAAUCAACCACCAAGCUGUUUGUGAAUGUCCACCAGGAUUUGUUGGUAAUCCACAAAUAGCCUGUGUAGUGGUCGGCUGUCGAGCAGAUUCAGAAUGUCCAUCUAACAAAGCUUGUAUAAAUGCUAAAUGCAUCAGUCCAUGCUCCCAAAACAAUCCUUGUAUAACACCUGCUGAAUGUGUGGUAUAUAAUCAUAGACCAGAUUGUUCAUGUCCACCUGGUUACAUCAACGAAGAAGGAUCCAAAUGUGUGAAAAUCGAACACGUGUGUGAAAGCGAUUCAGACUGUCCAUCACAAACGGGAUGUAUCAACAAAAAGUGUGUUAAUCCAUGUGAAGUUUCAUCACCUUGUGGAAAUAAUGCUAAAUGCGAAGUUCUCGAUACUGUUCCAAUAAGAACAAUGAUAUGUAAAUGUCUUCCAGGAACACAAGGAAAUGCUGCAUUAGAAUGUGAACCAAUUACUAAAUGUCCUAUUGAUAAAGGAUACAUCAGGAAUGAAAAUGGAGAAUGUGUGUGUCCACCUGGUACUGCAUUAAAUCAAGAAGACGAGUGUCAUAGAUGCAUUGCUGAAUUAGGAUUUAAAGUUGACGAAAACGGGCGUUGCGUUUGUGCAUUAGAUAGAGGACUGAUUAUCGACGAAAGAGGACGCUGCGUAUGUCCAAUUGAGCAUGGAUAUGUAUUAGAUAUAUAUGGCCAGUGUGUACCGAAAAAUGGAACGCCACCUUUCAGAACAGAUUUCCCAAGACCCGAAAUGGUAGUAACAUGUCUAUCGGAUGGAGUUCAAGUAGAAAUUCAUAUUACAGAAAAAGGAUUCAAUGGAGUAAUGUACGUCAAGGGUCACAGCAAAGACGAACAGUGUCGACGAAUUGUGACAAUGUCACAAGACUCGGAACCUAGAACCGAAAUUUUUAAAGUCAACUUUGGCAAUUGCGGUCUUAUUCAUGUGAACGGACAAGCUAGUUUCGUGCUGGUAAUUCAGAAACAUCCUAAAUUGGUAACUUACAAAGCUCAAGCGUAUCAUAUAAGGUGUGUGUAUAACACCGGGGAGCAAAACGUUUCAUUAGGAUUUAACGUAUCUAUGUUGACAACUGCCGGAACAAUAGCCAAUACUGGACCACCCCCGACGUGUUUGAUGAAAAUCGUCACUCAUACCGGUCAGACAAUUGACUCGGUGGAGAUUGGUGAUAAUCUCAUUUUACAAGUAGAAGUUCAACCAUCAAGUAUUUAUGGAGGGUUCGCCAGAAAUUGCAUAGCUAAAGCAGUCGAUAACAACGAAGUAAUCGAACAUGUAGUGACCGACGAAAACGGAUGCGCUAAGGACCCGAUGAUAUUUGGAGAAUGGGAAUACAAUGCUGAGACGCAAUCACUGUUGGCUAGCUUCAACGCGUUCAAGUUCCCCAGUUCUGAUAACAUACGGUUCCAAUGUAACAUACGCGUUUGCUUCGGCAAGUGCCAGCCGGUGAAUUGUAACGGCUACAACGCAUUCGGUAGACGUAAACGACGUGAAAUAGGCAUUAGCAAAACAAACGAUGAAGUUCUCGAUCCAAAUCAACCCGGUCAAUUGAGAGAAGAAAUAACAAUUGAAUCUAACGCUGUAUUGACAAUUGAGAGACGCGAAGAAAGACUCAUGGGCCCAGCCGAAGCACCGAUAAUUCAACCAAACGACGACAUAUGCGUUUCGAUAAUUGGUCUAAUUGUUGCGUUGGUCAUCACAGCUUUAUUGGCCUUGGUGGCCGUAGCAGUUGCGGUUUCUUGCUGGCUUAUGGCUUACAGGAGAACUCCGAACGAAAACGGACCUUUACCUCAUCCAAACCAAGUGCCCAAUCCAAUGUUUAUGAACCACGAUCAAACAUCUGAACCGUCUCCAGAUUAUUUGACAUAAUAUUAAAUGCAUAUGGGAAUAACUAAUGUAAUAUAAUACGACUGUUAAUAAUUUGCCAUUUUUUGUGAUAAGUAAAGGCCUUUAAUUAGCUGUAAUUGCUCGUGCUCGCAUUGUAAUAUAUUAAAAAAAUUAACGAUAUGAGAGUUCCCCGAUUAAAGGCCUUUCAAUGCUAAACACAAUUUUCCUUAGUCAAAAUUACACAAUUAAAACUUAAAUAAUGUAAUUUAUGAUUCAUAUUUACGUUUAAAUUGUUUUAUGGUUAAUUUUUCCGAACGCUUUUCACUUAUUUUCAUAACACAAAUUCCCACAUAAAAUAAAUAUGUAAACCCGAGUACAUAUUUAAGCCUUCGGAAGAUUUAACCACCGUUAGUUUUAAGGUACUUGUAAUAUAUUAGAAUUAAUUUGUAUAAUCGUUUAACAUACUUAAAUGUUAUGUAUGAAUAGUGUGAUAUAUAUGAAAACUAUUAAUUUAUUAACAAAAAAGUAAAAUUAUAUAAUAUAGGUAUUUAACUUCUUAAAUUUAAAGUAUAUGUAUUUUUUCAGUCAUUAGCAAAAUAUUAAAAAUAACUAAUUUUUAUUAUUCUUACUUAAAUCAAAACUGUUAAGUAUUUUAUUCAAGUCAUUAACAAUAAAUUAAAAAUAAUUAAUAAUUAUAAUAAUAAAAAUUUGAUAUAUUCAAUGUAUUACUCUGUUACAAAUUCAAAUAUAGUAACAUUUUUUCAAUUCCAUAAUUUGUUUAUAACUAUUUCUAUUUUCAAUAUAUGAGAGAUAAGGAUAAACAUUACUUAAAUAGUACUAUAAAAUAAAUCAGUUCUUUUGAUAGAUGGCAUAAAAGGACCAAAUCUAUAAAUAAAGUUUUUGAAACGCAUUAACAUAACAUUUGACAAAAUUAUGUAUUUUUUUAUCCAUAUCUCGAGUAUACAUUAUAUCAAAAAAAACAAUUAUUACUUUUUGUUAUGUAUUCAUUUAAACAUUUAUUUAAAAACAUUAAAUGUGUGAUAAUUUUUUAUAAUAAAGAAUAUUCAAUUUUCAA